AUGGACUUGAAAACAUUUCUCCAAAGCAACGUUGCCUUACCACCUCGUCCUAGGAGGAGACGACACAGUAUCGCUGACCUUCGUUUCGUGUAUAAUCUUCAUGAUAUUCCAGAAAGACCAGAGGAGGAGGAAGAGGUUGAAAAAGAACCGCGACGACGCUCAACGGGAAGUUGUGCAAAGAAUGAAAGGGAUAGAUCGGCUAGCGACCCGCCCGGUAAUCGUUCACCCAAAGACUGCGAUAGUGCGGUUAUUAAUAUCCCUGGGAAUCCAUCCACUGAUUUUUCUGUAAGUCCAUCUGACCUCACCAAGAACACAUCAAGAGAGGCGAAUGAAAUCGCAGCCUUUCCAUCUGGGGAUGAGGACAGAGGAGCAGCAUUUCAACGAUGCUACAAGCGAUCUUCUAGUGUAGACGAAGAUGUUGUAAAAGAAGCUGUGUCUACCUACGUUCUUUCAUACACAGACGAAGAUGGUAACGUAAUAAGUGCUGAUGAAGUCUCUCCAUCAAACACAGGGUCAUCUUCUCCCAGCGACGAAGAUUUAGGCAUGUCUGAGAUGUUACGGAAAGUCGAGGCCCAAUCCCCUAUGACAAUGACUCGAUCCAGACGAGGUAGUGCCAUAGACCAGGAUGUUGUUGAACGAAUCACUUGCCUGACACCUAUAGUAGAGUCUAGCCGCUCCAGCAGCUUGGCAAGCGUGGUGGCCAAUGUGAAUGGUCGUGAAAAUUCACCGGAGAACUGCAAUAAAAGUGAAAGAGCUAUUCUAGGAUCGAGCAAUAUAUCCCAAAAAAAUUUUGAUAAAAAUCAAGAAAUGCUCGAGAGGAUUAUCAAAUCUCCUAAUUUAACGAGAAGAGGAUCUAUUAGCGAAGUCCUUAACUCAUUGUCAGCUCAGGCUGAACUCGGCAGUGAUCCCGCGAGACAGAAUACCAAAGAGAAUGGCUGUGAAAAUUCAACUGGGGACUGUAAUAAAAAUGAGGGAGCUUUUCAGGGAUCGAACAGCACGUCUCCAAAAGUAUCUGAUAAAAAUCAGGAAAUACUCGAGAGGAUUAUCAAAUCUCCUAAUUUAACGAGAAGAGGAUCUUUAAGCGAAGUCCUUUGCUCAUUGUCACCACAGUUUGACCUCAGUAGCGAUCCCGCAAGACAGAAUACCAGAAAGGGCCUCUCUUCCCAUUUCGAGAACGAUUCGAACUUCAGGGCACAAAACGAUAAACCUGAAAAGCUCAUAAAUCCUCUGUCAAAAGGCAGCGAUGUAAUGCUUUCCCAACAGUCACCUGAACAGAAAAAAGGUCCUUGGAGUCCACUCUCUCCACUAAAAGUUAAUGCUGAGCAUUAUCAACAAUCAAAACUUCAGGAAAAAUGCGAUGUUAGUGGCACUUCACCCAAAGGUGUCGACAAACAGAAGGUCAUAUUGUCCAUGCCUGAAAAUGGAGCCGAAUGCGACCUCCCAAACAAAGACAAAGACAGUCUACUUGGAAGGAUAAUUAAAAGUCCAUGUCUUACCAGAAGAGGCUCUAUCGGAAAUGUCCUUAACGUCUUGUCUCCAAGCCCAAUGAGAAAGUGUCCAUCGCCUUCACCCUUUAUAACCAAAUAUAAUGCUGAAGAUGUUUGUUCGGACUCUACGAAGGCUCAAGAUGUGAAACAAUCGUCUGGUGCACCCAAACCGAAAGGGCUAUUGGCAAUCGUUCAGAAACACGUGCUGAACCACACCCAGAAGAUACAGCGAAAAAGGCGAAAUUCCAUUGCUUCCACAUCACCUCAUACGGGAGCUUUAGAAAUCUCUUUAAGAGAUUCUUUUGACACUGAGAUGAACUAUUCUACCGUAAAGUCGACUUUAUCAGCAUCUCAAAACAAUGCUAAACAGUUUUCGAACCGAAUCAGUAACAGCAAGAGUAGCAGCACUUACAAGCAACAAAAUGGGCAGCUAAGAACACAGAUCGCUAGUCAAAAGGACAUAAAACAAAUAAUCGGUAAAAACGCUUCUGUGGCGAACUCGAAUUUAUCAACACCCACUAUUAAUUCGAGCGAAAACAGCAAUAAUAGAGGCAGUCGUAACCAAAACAACGAGCAGCUAAAUGCGAAGAUCACAAAUCAUAGGGAUGUAAAACAGAAAAUCGAUUCUAACUCACUUAACACAAAAUCAGCUAUAUCGGCUACAUGUAAUUCCUUUUUGAGCGACGGCAGCAAUAAUAGCAGCAGUGACAGGCAACACAAUGAACAGCUGAAUGCGCAGAACACUAAGCACGAGAAAGUAAAGCACACGAGCAAUACUAAUUCGUUUUUCGUGAUGUCGACUGCAGCAGCACCUCCAAAUGAUACCUCUUUAAGCGACUACAGCAACAGAAGCAGCAGUCGGAACCAGCAGAACGAGCAGCUGAAUGUUGAAGGCAGUCCCUUUGGACGUGGCGAAAAUAAUUUUAGUACUCCAACGCCAGCUGCUUAUGGCGCACACACAGAAAGUCCCCAAACAAGCUACAUUAAUGGCCUCUUGUCUUCUACAUCUAGACGACUCGUUGGUUGCGAAAGCAUAGAUGUCGCUGGAUUACAGUCGGAUUUAGCCUCAGUAAAGCCAGCGCAGAGAAAAAUAAGCGCUCCAGCAGCACCAAAGAGCGUCGAUUCCCCACAACGCAAAACUAGCGUAAAUAUCAUCAAAAGAGCGCCUAUUACUUUUGUGAUCUCAAACAAAAAGGAUGAGGAAACCGGAGUAAGAGAAAACGGAUCGGAGUGCCUAAUGGAUCGUGGCGUGUCUUUCACAAAUUCAAGAUUCCUUCCCAUAAGCCAGAAGGAGGCCAAAGAGAAUUCUUUGAUGAAAGAAGAAGAGGCAUCUAAUUUGUCGAAUAAAACGGUUAAUUCUACCGUCACGAUGAGUUCACGCGUAACUGUCCACGGUGGAGGCGGAACCACUGUUCGUAAAACAGGAGUUGCUGGAAUACAAAAUCCUGUUAAUGAUUCCCUUCCCACUGACGAGCGGUUUGCGGCGCUCAGUGAGAGAUACGCUUCUUUGAAAGCGAAACUCGGAGGAAGUGACUCAAGACCGAAAAAUCAAGAUUCUUCUCCCAAGGAGUCUCCCAAAGAUCACAGUUCAAAUAUCGGCGAAACGUCAACACAGCUGAAGUGCUGGACAACUGUGGAAAGCAUACCGAUAGGUGAAUAUCAAGACAACACAUUUGGCAAGGGUGUCGAUGAGACAUGCACCGAAGGCAAAAGGAAAGUAAUAGAAGGUGACAGUGAACAAAAACGAAUAUAUUUCACGGAAAAUGUGAAUGAGAAUGAUGCAACCUCUUGGAGAAAUAUUGUCAAUAUUUAUGACACCGAAAGCGACGUCAAAAUUGACGAGAAUAACAACGUUAGCAGGGACACUUAUCCUCCAGUUUCCAAGAUGGAGAAAGAGAAAGGCGGGAUCCCAAGCACUGAAAGAACUGCCCUUCAAAGGGCCCGAACUAGCGUUGUUGCUAAACUGAUGGACAGAAAAAUGGGCAUCAGAAGAAAGCAAAGUAUUGUACCUCGCGUGAUAGAAAGACGGUCCAAGGUUUACAAGGAAUACUGUACCGCAGACAGUGGUAUUCCAGCAACUGUAGCGCAAUUUGAGAAAAUAAGGACAGUCGUUGAACAAACCGUGCUUCGCGCACCUGUACGUCAAGAGGUACCGUUGAUAAUGAACCUGGUUUUCUUGUUCCUAAAUCAAAAUGCGAUUCCCGAUCUGAAAAAUGCUUAUGCAUGUAACUAAAAAGGAUUUAACUUUAGUCCUUUUUUUAUCACUGAAAUGACUCCAUUUGAUGAGUUAAAACAUGUUUAGUUUUUAUUAUCCCCAGAAAGGAAUUAUUUUGGAGCUAAAAGUUUAACUCCAUUUUUAGAAGAAUGAGAACAACUCCACUGAAAGUAUUAAAUAAACUCCCACCGUGGAGUCAUUUCAAGGCCAGAUUUGGAGUAAAAAUUGGGAGUUGAAAUGACCCCCAAAAAGGAGUUAUUUUGAACCUAAAUUUGAACUCCGUUGUUGGGGUAAAACAACUCCCAUAAAAUUCCCGUGUUCACGUGCAUUUUUGUGGGGUGGAAGGAGUAGCCGAGAUAGCUUCUCUCCUUCCCCCCAACAGAUAACAUCAACGAGAUCAUGACAUAUUAAGACAGAAUCCACCAGGAAGUUGAGUAAUUUCAAUUUUCAGUGGACAAAAACCUAUUACCAGAAUAAUUUAAAGCAUAUUACAUUCUUUUAUACAUUUUUCAAGGUCUAAAGAUGUAAUUAGUCAUCUGUAAUAACACUAAGAAAAUUUCUUAUGGGAUCCCGAGAAAAUUACAAAAUUACAUCUAAAAUUACAUCUGACACAUGAAAUUUUCAGUAUUUUAGCUGUGUUUUCACAAUUCUUGUGAAAUUUGACAGUCAUUUGCUCGGACUCCCAUGAGAAUGUUUUUCUGGUUGUUAUCACAGAUAACUAAUUUCAUCUUUGGCCCUUGAAAAAUGUAAAAAGAAUGCAGUGUUCUUUAAAUUAUUCUGGUACAAAGUUUUUGUCCACUGAAUAUUAAAAUUACUCAAUUUCCUCAAUUUCCUGUCUUAAACAAAAUUUGCUUCUAGAUACAACGAAUUCACAAAACUAUAUGUAAAUUCAACAUGACUUUUAAGUCGUUUCAGACUUUUCUGGGAAACGUCGUUGAAUUUGAUCCACCUUGGAAGGUUUCUUUCAUACUUGUUCUUGUUUGUAAAGUCAUCCUUGCUCAAUCCCUUUAUUUAAGAGCAUGAUCUUCUUAAAAAGCAUUUACAAGAUUACAGUCCGGACACUCAAACCGGGACACUUGGAAGAAGAUGUCCAAUCACAACGUUUUCUGAAAACAAAUUCUCAAGAUUCUCAAGUUUUUUUCGCAAAGAGACCAAUAAAAUUGAAGGUUAAAAACCGUUAAAAACUGGAAACUGCCCUCAAAUUUUUAAUGUUAUUUGUCCGUUUGCCCAAAAAAAUAUUGCGAAUCUUUUGUUUUCAGAAAACGUUAUGAUUGGACACUCUUCUUCAAAGUGUCCCGGUUUGAGUGUCCGCAUUGUCAAUGAAAUGCUAAGGCGACUUUUUUAUGAUUACAGGCUUUGACAAUUCAAGACCUUUUAAGUGGUCUCUCGUCCUCUUUGACUGAAAUAGAGUUGACUGCCGUUUGUAAAGAAUGUUGCAAGACUUUGCGGACUUUAGAUGCACUGGGAAGUUUGCGUAUGUAUUACAAUUCGCUGCUAGCAGAAACCUCUUUUCCUUGGCGGCCGGGGGGAAAAGAGUCUCUUUACCUUCCGCCCGCCGAAUGCAAGGAAAAAAAGGCCUCUGUUAGCAGGGAAAUAUUACCUGUAAAGAUUAUGUAAACAUUUAAGUAAGCGUAACAAAAAGGAUAUACACUUUUAGUAAAAUCCAACUAUUGGUCUUUUGUCAACGCUGCGUUCUGAUUGGUUGAGCUACCAGGCUAUAUGUUAUAGCCCACUAGUGGCGAGAAGCUCCGGCUUUGAAAACUAAACCAAUGGCGGCUGAAUCGCGUUUUGCUAGCUAAAGUUGUUUUGCCUCGAUAUUUUUGACCAACUAGAUGGAUUUUACUAAAAACUAUUGUUCCUCUCACUCUCAUGGCCUCAGAAUCAAUAGCCCAUUCGGCCUUCGGCCUGAUGGGGUAUUGACUUAAAGCCCAUUCGGGCUCGAGGAAUAGUUGUAAAAUAUACACUAUCAAUAUUGACCGUUUUCACCGAGACCAUAAUGCACCUUGUUUACCCCUCAAAAUUUUGCAUUAACCAUUGGCUCGGUUUUGAACGCAGCAGAGUAAAAUAAGUGUUCACCACUUAAACAUUUCCCAUAAUACAUCUUGUUUGCUUCCCCAAAUUUUACAUAACCUUUGUGUUUAUAUUCUUCUGGAUAUUACAUUCGUCCCACGAAAAAAGUAAAGACAAUACUCAUGCCAUUUUUUUGCGCGAGAGAGUAGGAGGCAAACAAGGUGUGUUAUGGGAAUGCAAUUUGUGUUCAAAUGUUCUUCACGGCAGUGGCGUCACUGCCGAAGGAGCAGUAACUGGAUAUGUCCGCUGUGGCUUUGUUUUUUGGCGGUAAAUGCGAUAGUCUUCUACACAGCCGUUGUUUGUGUCGUCACGCAACGAUCCUCGUGGCCAGGAAAGUUGGGUAACGACAAAAACAACGGCUGUGUAGCAGACUACAAAUGUGCAUGCUUCAACUACAAUAGUUACAAUUUCACCGUGAUUCUUGUAUCUGACAGCUUGUUACGUGUCCUUGGAGACUGUGAUCAUCAACCCAAGUGGAACUAUCAAGUUCAAGCAUCUCAGUACAGGUUUGCAACGACCAUGUUUUCUUUUCUUUUCAAUGUUGUCCAUCCUCUGUUAAAAAAAAGACUAGCCAAAAACAAUAGCAACAAUAAACAGGGUAUUUUUAAACCCGCAAGCGGAUUUUGUCGUAGACGAUAAAUUUGUAUGACACUAAGGUGUUUGUCCACACUUAUUCCCUUUCAUUUUAAAACGUAUACAUUUAUAAUCGUUUUGGCCUUUUGCCCACACUAAAACUCGAUAGAAACGGAGGUUGUAAAAACGAUUGGUUUUUUUGAAAACGUAUUUUGCAAUAACAGAGCGAUUUUUUGCGCGUUGAUUGGUCGAGAGCUAAGGUUGAUGAGAACAUAGGCCAUGGAAAUAGGCCAUUUCUGAGUUCCAACAACUCUCAGGGGGUGUUUACACGACACCGGGGCAACUUUCGCGCCGCUGCGAGUUCAGUCCGGUACCCUCUCACGGCUCAACAUUUGUUUUCAUGAAACCACCACAAAAUGUCAUGCCGGCGCGAGUCACCCCGGCGUGAGUUCAGCCCGGUUGUUGCACCGCAGCGAGAAUUUCACUCCGGUACGAAAUCUCGCAACAGUAUCAUGUAAACGCGAAACGACCACCGGUUUUGGUGUGAAAUCGGUCUGCCAGUGGACUGGAACAGGUAGCGCAUGCGUAAUGUUUGCGAUUUUGAAUCGCUCGUGUAUUUUAUCAACAUGAAGUGUACCUUCAAAUGACCUUCAAGUUUCCCAACCAUAUGUCAUUACCGGUAAAAUGUACUCGUCGUGUAUCUUCCUCUUUAUCUUGAUGCUUGCCUUGCGGCUACUCAGAAUGUUAUCCACUUCACCAACGCUGCCCAACCAAGUGCGAUCCUCUUCCUAAUCUCAGGAAGCAGGUCACCAUCUUUCGUCACCGUCUUUCCUAGGUAUACGAAACUAUCGACCUCCUUGAUGUUUUCUCCAUUAACAGUAAUUGUGCACUUUUUGGCGUGUUCAUUGAACAUUACCUUUGUCUUGCCAAGAUGGAUAUCAAGGCCGGCUGGUUUGCUUGUAUUAUGAAUAUCAGUGAGCAUACUUGUCAGCUCUUCUGGUGACUUGGCAAACAAGAUGAUAUCAUCAGUGAAAAUUAGAUGGGAGAGGUAUCCACAGUCAAUGUUUAGACCCCUACCGGCUUCCCAGUCGAUCCUCUUUACUAUAGCAUCUUGGAGACAUGCUGUGAAAAUUUUAGGCGAUAUAUUGUCACCCUGUGUUGCACCCCUCUCCAGCUUGAUUUUGUCACUGUCCCUGUGGAGUUUGAGAACAGAGGUGGCACCAUUGUACAAGUCACGUAAGAUGGUAAUGUAAGCCUGAUCAACUCGUUGAUUCUCUAAUGCCUUGAAGAGUGCUGUGAACUCGACGGAAUCAAAGGCCUUCUGGUGAUCCACGAAGGCAAAACAGAGUGGGGUCUUGUACUAGUUUGCCUUUUCUUGUAGCUGGUUAACCACCUGAAUGUGAUCAGUAGUAGAAAAUCCCGCUCUGAAGCCUGCUUGCUUUCUUGAGUGAUGUUGCUCCGAGGUGCUUAGUAUUCUUCGAAGUAGGAUUUGUGAAAACACUUAGUACGUUACUGGUAAGAGGCUGAUCGGCCUUUAAUUCUUGAUAUCAGGUGUGUCUCCUGUCUUGUGGACGAUGAUUACCGAUGCAUUCUUCUAGCUGCUGGGAACUUUGCCAUCCGCAAUGCAUCUUUUGAAUAGCUUCGUGAACAUCUUGACAAUGGGUUCCCCCAUCCUGCAGGAUGCCAGCGGUAAUAUUGUAAACGAAAUCAAAAAGUCAUGUCGGUAUGAAACUCGCGCCGAUGCGAGUUUUCUCAUGUAAACACCCCCUCACUUUCAAAACGAGACUGACUGCAAACCUUUCUAGUGAAGGUGAGUUUCAUUUGCAUGAGAAUUAAAAUUAUUUUCAUAUCAGUGGCUUUGCACUUGCCUCGCUUUGAAAUAGAGGCUUUGAACAUUUUGUGAUGAAAAUUAGGGAUAAAAAGUCACGACGUUUCGAUGUUUCGAGAUCGAAAUGUCGUGACUUGUUAUCGCUUUUUUUUUUAUCUUAAAAUAUAUAUCCAAGAAAUUUCCCAUCAAGAUUUUGAACUUUUUGACGUCAUAUUUAUGGUCGAUAAAAGAAUAGACCAUGGAACAUUAACGUCAGUUUGUUGAAUCAGUAAUAACCCAGUAAAGCAAGAUUGAGACCAUGCUCACACUGUACCGUAUAUCUAAAUUUGCGCCGGCACGAAAAUCAUACCGGAUAGGGAUUCUGUUCACACAUAAGAACGGUGAUUUUGGCGCGAGUUCUGUAACGAAGCGAAGCUGCGCCGCCUCGAAUUCGAAAGUGGAAUGUUAACAGCGUGCGGACCGUAGCGGAAGUGAAUGAUAGGAGCGAGGACUGGAAUCCAAUGAGGAGGAAGUUGAUGUUCAGGAGCGAGGACUGGGAUUUAGCUCACCAAACCCUCUCGGCCAACCGCUCCGGCAAGAUGUUCAAUGUGUGUGAACGACUUGCUUCAGUUCUGAACCGUAGUUGUUCGUACUAUACCGAAUGGCUUUUCGUGUCGACACGAAAAGCAAUCCGGUAUUGAAUGAACCUAGUCUAAAGCGCCCUACUGGUCAGACUGGCCAAUGAAUGUCUUAAUUGAAACCGUUCGGUCCUAAGACCUGUCCAAAUCAUUUGUUCGGGUAAAUUCCAAUAUGUUGGAAACUUAUUAAAGAGGAGCAUGAUUGGUCUCAUCAUAGGUUUUCGUCCACAAAAACCGGGGUGUAAAAAACUUUAUUGCAUGGACAGUCUUCUAAGGGUUAAUAAUUUUCGCUCUCUUUGAUAAACUGAAUUGCUGCCUCAUAGAAUGUUCAGUGGGAUGUUAAAGAUUUCGGAGGAGAAAGUGUAUAAUUUUUAAUCAGUAAUAAAAAUCGUGUUACGAACUCUUUGGCAUCUGAUCUGUUCCUGAAUUACUUGUUAAAAUACGGUGAUCAUAAAAAACUCUUCCAUAAAGAUAAUUAGAAAUAAAUUGCAAGGUUUUAAAUGAAAUGAAAAAGAAAAACAACAACAACAUGAAACUAGUGUCAAGAAAUCUUUUGAGUUUGUUUUACAUGUAUAACGGUCACCAAAAAGAACCGCCUUUUAACAAGCCAGUCUCUGACCAAAGAUGGUAACUGUGGUAUUAGACUCUCAAGUUAUGGGAUGAUUGACCUUCAUAGGUUUUCAUGAGCUUAUUUGCAUAGACUUGACAUCCGUGGCUCUCUCUUUCACCUAAUUUGAUAAUUUGAGCAAUUAACUAGCUAACCGCGAGAAAUCGGAAUACAAGGCCCUAUACUAGACACUAGAAUCCGGGAUCACUAAGAUAAUUUACCAGACGACUCAAAAUAUUCAAUUGGCCUGGUGACUGUCCAAUCCUCCAAAUCUAGUUGUUAAUUAAGCUCAUCAAGUUUUAUAAUAGCCUCGAGCAAAAUAGCACAACAGGUUAUUCUCUUUGUUUUUCUGGUUUUAAAUAGAAUCUGUCGAAACAAUAGUGAGUAAUUUUCAGUCUGCUGUUAAAUUGGGUUUACCGUUAUUCCCCAGAGGUAUUCUGCUCGCUUUCAAGUCACUCAAAACAAUAAUCACGACUCUCGUUUAAGAGUUUCUUUAAGUUUGGCGCAUUUUUGGAAAGUAUCGAAUUCAAGAGAUGUCCGUAAGUUGUUUCUAACAGAGAACACUGUUCACUGAGGCAUAUAUUUCUGUGAAAUAUCCGCCUCUUGAUGUCAUUUUAAAGUAGACCUAUGUUCCCUACCAAGUAAGUGCAGCAACUCAAUAUCAUAAACUAACAGUUAUUGUUCAAUUGUCACUAACAACUCUCAUCGUUGACUUGCCAUGUUAUAUCUGACCUCGAGCCAGUAAAAUACUUGAAAGACGUCUUUCUUGUUUUGUGUAUUAAUUACGGUGGAGGUACGUUUGUAUUCAAGCUCCUGUACACUUUUGUUGUUGCUAAUUUGCGUUUCAAUUGCCGACUCGAAAUUACUUUUACUUACUAGUAACUCUUAAGAGCGCAACCUAUCACUGAAAUGCAAUCGCAAGUUCUAAGUUUUCUUUAUUCUAACUGCUUGCACGAUGUCAGUUAAAACAAACGUGCUCAGUUAGUCACAGAGAUUUCUUUUGUGAGCCAUAAAGAAGGAUUAGUAAGCAAAUGCAGUGCUAUAUAUAGGUUUUCUUACGGACAAUAGGACGGGUGAAAAUGUACAAAGACGACCCUUUCUAUUAGACUACUUGUACAUCGUGCACAAACCCUGUCCUUUUGUGUCAGCUGACGCGAAUUUCUUCGAUUUAUCGAUCACAUAUAGUGCAUGAAGGGUCAUGCUCUUUGACUUGUUAGCUGAAUGUAGUGAUUACGUAAUUAAACAAUCGGUAGUAGGUUGAAAUUGCUCGUCUUCCAUGCGGAUUCCUUUGUGUUCCUUAAAUCCUUGUGUAUUGUAUGUGUAGGUCGCUUUCGUAGUUGGCGCGUCAACAAAGUUUUUACCACUUCUGUCCGCUUACUUUAGAUCAAGUUAAACUAUAAAUUAAACUAGCUAAAUUAACAACCCAUGCGUAAAAUUCUCAAGCCAUUCAAUAAUCUUCAUAUUGAAACCACUUGUUCCUCUUUAUCUGUUAAGAGACUCGUGUUAUAACAUAUCACUUUCAACACUAUUUACUCAGGAAAAAGAUCUUUAUUAAACCGUUAAUCUUUGUUUAAGGCUUUGUGUGUUAUAGACUCACUGAUAGAAACAUUUGUUUGUUGUGCGUGCAAACUAAUUCAUUACUUGUUGUUGUUGUUGUUUAUCGCAGGAAUUUCUAUUGAUGAUCUUUACCUGGCUCCAGAAUACUCAAACAAAUUUUCCUCGGAAAAGGUAGGAUAGAAAAUUUCACUUUUUCAGCAAUAAUGUUUUCACUUUUUCUUAGAGUAUCUAAUGAACACCUCACUGUGAACAACGGUUACUGUUAUGUCCUUGUGAACGCUUUUAACUGUUUCAUUCUCACAAUGUGCCAGAAGGGCGACCGAUUUAAAAGUAAAAUGUUUUCGUUGUUUUAGUUUCUACGACAAAACAACAGCUAAACAGUAAGGGAAUGUUACUGGUUUAAAUGCGAAUAAUCAACUGAAACAUAAACGGAAAGAUUGCAGUAGAUAAACUAUCAAGACAAAGCUGAUUCUUGGAUCGAAAAGUCUAGAUGGUCUUUCAGUUCAUUAGGAAUAAACUUUUAACUUUAGACGGGUAUAAAACAAAAAUCCGCCACAUAAAGCACAUCGAAAUUGGGAAAACCGUCCUUUAGUUCACGCUGCCUUAUAGUCUAAUUUGACAAAUCAGUGCUAAGGUUCUUGUGUUGAGGACUAGCGAGCAGGAAGUGCUGGUAAUAUCUUAACAAUACAGAGACAAAUUCCCUUCGUUUAUUAACGGAUAAUCGGCGUUGUGUACUCUCUUGGCACUGGCAAAGUCAUGUUUGUAUCAGAAGAACAAUGCCCUCUGCUGUGUAUCAUAAAAUACAAUAUACAGUAUAGGUUUUUAAAGUAAAAACCAUAGGCAGUGCAUUGAUGUGAUUCUAACGUUUUACUUCGUAGAAACGAGUCUAUAAAUCAAAUGACAGCUUUUGAAUUUGUUGCGGAUCAAAUCACUAUUAUAUGGUUUGAUACAUUCAAGUAAACACCACCUAAAUCGUAGUUUCUCGUGAUACCGUUCAAACUGUUUCCCAAUUAAAGUGUUUUAAUCUGUGCAUAGCAUUACUUUCCGUGAUUUCAGUUUAACGUUUUACUUCGUAGAAAAGUCCUUCAUACAAAUGAGAGCCAUUGGAGAAAAACUUGCCUAUGAUUGCUGCCUUUAGUGAAGGUCGAUUAAACGUUUUCAGCUGUAGUUGAGUUUGUUGAUGAAAUCACAAGGUCGGAUAUACAAACUGAAAUAAACACCACUUAUAAUGUCGUAGUUUCUCGAAGUACCGUGAGAAGUGGUUCACAAUAUAAUUAGAGUGUUUUAAUCUGUGCAUAGCUUUUCUUGCUAUGAUUCUAAUCCUUUUACUUUGUGGAAGGUCCUUCAUUCAAAGGACUGCCAUUGGUGAAAAACUUUCGCGUGUAUUGCCUACACUGCCUUAAAGUUUUCGGAUGUUGAAUUACUUGAUGAAAUGAUAAGAUUAGAUACAUUCAAAUAAACACCGCUUAACGUAUAAUAAGGUUCAAAGUGGUUCCCAACUGAAGUCUCGGUUUUUAUCUGUGCAUAGCAUUACUAACGUUAAAACCAUCUGUAAACUUAAAGCUAUUACAAGUGAGGUUAAUGGAAAACUUAAUCAAGGUAUAGUUUUUAUCCAGUUUUAUCAUAAUUACAGCUGUACUCUUAAAAUCGCCUAAAAUUGAGCGGUGAACUUGAUUAGAAAAAAAGGAAAAAGUGCGUUCGCAACAGGCUAUGUGAAAAAUAAACGCUCUCUAGUAAUUCCCUUCACAAGCGCAACGCCUCUGCUACUCUCAUAAUGCAGUGGUGCAACAUUGGAAUUUUAUAUUAAUUAUUAGUGGCUGAAUUUGUUUGCUGACGAAGGUCGAUAGAAUUGUCUCUCUAGAUGACAGGUGUGAUAUAUUGAGCUUUAUCUGCUUGUACGAGCAAUGGAAUCCGCAUCGAGAGAUAUUAAUGAUCGUUCUCGGUUCUGUCAUCGCAAGUCAACUAUUGAACUAGAUCCCGUUUUUAGUGAGGGAGUCGCCGGUCACCUUAGCCUUAACUAAAACGUCAAUAUAGCUGACGUUUUUUAAAAAAUGUUCGCAUCAGAAACAACUUCCUUUCCCCAAAAAUAAUAUUUGUGAACAAAUAAAUCAAUUUUGAAAUCAUUAACCGAAUCGUCUUCCUUCCUAUGACGGGGGGUUCGUGAAGGUUUAAUGAUGACAUAAAUUUGUCCUCAAUUUUUCCUCUUCCUUCCAGCAUCACUCACAAUAUCCACCGUUAAAAAUGAAAGCGAGUUUAAAGCGUAUUUAAGAAUUAACAAAUCAUCUGCAGUUUUAUUAAGAUUAAUCCCAUAUUUUUGGAUAAUUAUUUUCAGUUCUUGAUCUUUUUGUUUUUACUUCCUAAUCGACGUUUUUUUUACGGCUUUGGUACAUCCGGACCAUGUUAGUAAUGAGUUUGAAUCCAGUUAGUUCUGAAGGGUACACUAACAAGAGUAUCUAAACAUUCACCAGCUUCCCAACCCGGAAAAAACUGGAUCAUUAAUCAAAACUGACAAUGCCAUUAGGGACCCUAAGAUCCGACGAUGGCGACGGUAACGGGAACGCCACAAAAGCAAUAGGUUUAAUUAGCAAAACAACAAUUUCGCACGUGCAUCACGAUGUACAGAGGAAGUACACAAGCGACGACGAAAUUUCCUCUCUCUUUCUGAACUUGGAUAUGGUUGUUAGGAAUUCAACUUUAGGAGGGUUCGCCUACAUUUGACAAAGUUAGUGACUUAGAGUAAUCAUGAUGAAGAUUGAAGAUCAUUGAAAGAUCGCGAAUUCACUUUUUAGCGACGUUUUCUCUGCCGUCGCCGUCCUCGGAUCGUAAGGUCCUUAAUGUCAUCCUUGUGUCUUUGGCCUUGAGGUCAACUCUGACUCGCAUUAGGAGAGCUCUGUAUCCUGCAAAAUAUAGGCAUUUUCGCUGUGUUAGUUACUGAACCCCUUUUUUCAAUUCUGAAUCUAUUCGUUAAAACUAUAUGACACCACUCCCAGACUUUUGGUAGUCUUUGCACUAGAGCUUAAAUAAGCUAAGAAAUAGUUCAAGACGAGUAAAUUUUAAAUUGUUCAAGUAAAGAAAGCUUCACACACAACCUAUCUUUUUUACUUCAGGUUUACUUUAAGCCUAUUUUCCCACGCAACGUAAUUAAGAUUGAUUGACAUGCUUCGCCUUUCUCAAAGCUUAGAAACCGCGAGUUCGCUAAGUCGGUUCUAAGGAUGGUUUUCAAGUCACUUGAAACUUUCUUAAAUCAUUUCAACUUUCCGACUUUAAUGAGAUGAAAAGUUUGGUUACUUGAGAUUUUACUUAGGCCUUCACAAACGCAUUUUUGGCUGAGUAAAACUUAGCAGCUCUUAAGUCUUACAUAACAGCCUAGUGUAAAGACAACCAUUAUAUCUAAAGUUAUUUUGGAAUCGAAAACAAGUGUUUUGUUGAAGUGACAAGGGGUGCAAACCAUUGACACAAACCACCCGUGUGGAAAUCCUGUGCGUAAACAUAAUAAAACUAUAGAAUUUGACGUGGUUGGAGAACAACCGCUACAAAGUGGAUCCAAUUCAGCUGAACAGACCGAAUAGAGUAGAAAAAUUGCAUCCCCUCAAUUCACAGCCCAUAUUUUCUGAAGCUUCCCAACCUAAACGGAAUAGCGCGAACCAUUUGAUUUUCUAACCGGAAUUUCCGGUUUUCUCAUGUAAUGGUAAGUACCCCAUCAUUUCUUGCAUCCGCUUUAACGAUGGCUGACUCCUCUCGGUCCUGAAUAAGAAUGUGACAUCCACAAAGUAAACUUUAUAGGUUUCUGGAAAAUUUGGCUCCAAGAGGACAGUCAGUAGUAUGUUAAAAAGCGGUCGCUGCUGUUGUUGUGACCUAAUACAAUUGGCCGCCAUUUUCCGAGUUGACCUAGGUCUUAUUUUCAAAAUGAGGUUAAGCCGCGCGAACUCUUUGGUAGGAAAAAAAAUGUUUAUUAUUAUGCAAAUAAUAGUUAUUUUUACAUGACAGGUCUUGAACUUGACACUAUGAGGUUUUGGAAACCGUAAAAUGGACUCUUAGACCUGUCCAGUUUAGAUUUUAUGGAUCACGGUCUGCUAGAAAAGAACAAUCUUGUCUUGGGCAAGGUCAUACAAGGAUUGUAUUGUUCCUUUGUUUCGGAAGAAUAGGUUCUUAACGGGAUAAUUACAUGGACAAUAACCUGUAUACUCUCUUUCUGGGAGUUGAUCCUAAAGUUGUUUUGACGCCGAAGUUAAUGACUUUUUAUAUAUUUAUUCGAGAAUCAAAGUGGUCAUAAAAACGUCCCCCGAAGGGAUGAUUAUACCAAAAUACCAUUCAUAUGCCGUUUCCGGCGAACGCUUGUAUUUUCCCACUCUGGUGCUGUUGGCUCAUUUUUCCUCAAGUGCUAAGAAACCGACUGAAUUUGAGAAAAAGUGUGAUUGGAAAUUUUUAGUCGCUUAAACGCAACACGGCGAUUUAUUGUGAGCUUGUGACGUCAUCAAUGCACGAAAGCAUUAUUCUCGCAGCACCUUAAGAUUUUGUGUCUAAAGACUCAAUAUUUGCUACUCAUUGUUCAGCAACUGACUUUAAAAAGUUACACUGUAAUGUCAACGAUGGAAGACAGUUCUAGGUGCGAACGUAGAAAAUCAAACAAUUGUUGGACGGGAAGCUGUGCAAAUUUACAGGUAAAAAUUAUUUUUUUGAAGCUUGAUGGUAGUGUUUAGUUUUGCCUGUUUGCUGUUUCUCUUCGGCAUUACGGAACUGUGUUAAUUUCUUUCUUGUAGUUAGAUAGCAGACCUGUUUUAGCCUUGUUUUAGCCUGCACUGCAGUGAAGCCAGUGAUCGGUAUUCUCAGCACAAACUAUCUAUGAAAGUGCCCUUUCGUUUACUCAUUGAACGAUAUGAUAGUGUGUGAAGAAAUAGCGAAACAACUGCAAUGAAGGCACACAAAUUAAGGAGAAGAGGUAGAUCGAUUGGAUUGUAUUCCAGAAAGGAACCUUUUAAUUUGGGAAAAUAGUAAAACAAAACAUUGUUUUCUUUUAGAUGUGGCUAAAACUAGAAAUAAUUUGUUUUCGAAAGCAAAAUGCGUGACCGGAAAGCAAGAGCCAGGAAACACAAGUUGCGUGCGCACCAUUCGUGCAGGCUAAGCUGACAAAAAAUUUCGCGUCCGCGAAUGUCCUUUGGUAUAUAAGUUUGAUAAUUUUUUAGUCGAAAGGCUGUAGUUGCAACCCCGGAGAUAUUUUUUCUAAAGAAGAGAUGGAAUAAAAACUUGAGAUCGGUUGAUUAAGCAUAAUUGGAACAGUGUUAUUUCAAUAAGCGCGACGGGCAUAAUUUUCGACUACCCAUGGUAUUGAGUUAAAGAGUUUAAAUGGUUGCGCUCAUGUUGUUUGGGAAAGCCCAGAGCCUUAUUUCCGUUCUGUUUCAAGAAGAACUUCAGUCAUAUGUCAGUACACUGAAGCCAUUUAUACACUUGCCAUCAACCUUUGAUUGAUAAAGUGAGAGACGAUUGUCUUUUGGAGGGUUAGGCUAAUGUGUUCAAGGUCUGUCUUAAGAUUGUGUCUUAGAGAAUCGACAAAGAGUAACGAUUGUUUAGAAUCAUCUCCCGGAAUGCGGCCGUAAGAACGCACCCUUAUUUACGAUAGAAUAAGCAAACAAAGACUCUUCUGUAUAUUGAGACAUCUCCGCCUUUAUUGAUUGGUGUUACAUAAGGUAGCCAUAUUGCCUCAAGGUAUUAAGGUGGAUCCGCAGUUGUUGCGAGGGUAGCUAGUGAUCUAGGACGAACUUUGUCUUUGUCGUCGGCGUUUUCGAUUUCAAUGCGGCGGCUACGAAACUUUGUGAAAACCUGCAUUCAACAGUGAUAUGAAAAAAAUUCAUCCGACAGGUGACAAAUAUUUUUUUUGUGAAAUUAAAGCUUAAGUGGACUCCUCUUUUACAAGAAAAUCGUGUGCUCAAUAUCACGAACGAUUUAGCGCAACAAAAUAUUUUACACUUAUUCAACACUACUGAUCAAGUACACGAUUAUAACACUAGAUCCUCGUCAAGAUGUGAUUUCGAAAUUAAAUUUCCAAGACUAGAUAAACAAGGGAAAUCAUUUUCAAGAUUGGGGGCCAAGAUAUGGAAUUGGAUACCUCCGAGUAUUAGAAAACUCCUAAAGUAUAGUUUUAAAAAGAAAAUACAUGAUUGCUUACUUCAAAUCCAUUCACAGACAGACGACUAUCCUGAUUUAGUAAAAUCCAACAAGUGAUCUGCUAUCAAUGCUGUGUUCUGACUGGUUGAGCUACUACUAGGCUAUAUGUUAUAGCUAGCCCACGGCUGAAUCGCGUUUUGCUAGCUUAAGUUGUUUUGUCUCGAUAUUUUUGACCAACUAGUUGUAUUUUGCUAAAACAAUUAUUCUUCUCGCCCUCGACGGCCUCUGAGUCAAUAGCCCAUUCGGUUUUCGGCCUCAUGGGCUAUAAACUCAAAGCCCAUUCGGGCUCGAGGAAUAAUUGUUAACUACCUACCUUAUUAAGACAAAUGCAACGUAUUCAAAAUCGUCCGUAACUCACCGACUCAUUCUUUGCAAUCAUCUUAAUAGUGUACGUCUUGUAAGUUUCUGAUUUAUAAUCUGUAUUCCAGUUAACCUCAACAUUGUUAAUUCGCGUUUUAAACGUAACUUUUCUUCGGCUCUUUACCAUUUGUAUAAUUAAUAAUCAAUAAAUAAAUAAAUAAUCAAUAAAUAAUCAAUAAAUUACUUUUAUUGACUUUUCAAUUGAAUACAAUUUGGAGUGUUUAGGUGUAUUUUGUUUUAUAUAGACAGACACUGCCCACCUAGACUAGCCUUUGCUAUUUGUGGGCAGUGAGAAAAUAAAAUAGUACAUCUGAAUUAGCCAAUGAAAUGAAACGAAAGUGCAGGGAAAAAUUUUGCUCUUAUUGCUGGCGUAAAUGUGUGUUGUCAUGUUUUCUGAAGUAUAACACGUUUGCCAAAUAAAUUUCAGCCAAGAGAAAUCGUUGGAGCAAACGUCCGCUGCUAGUAAGUCUUUCUGAAUUCAGCUUUGAAAUUUCUUUGGAGUUUGCACCUUUGAGAACUCCAAAACAAUCUAAAAUCUGAGCUCAGAAUGACAUACUAGUUUCGGAAUUUUGCCCUUGGCUAAUCAUUUUUCUGAAAUUUAUUUGGCUUUGGUAUAUUAUCAAUAAAAAUUAACACCAGACCCUUAAGCCAAAAAAGCAAAGUUUUUUACUGGAAGUAAGUGAGGUCUACUUAAGCUCUAAGUCCGUAUAAAAUAUUUAACGCCAGUCAAAUAGAAUUGUUUCGUAUUAUUGCUGAACGAUUGCUACAGAUCUUCUCAAAGUUUAUGUAAGUUUCGUAACCGUUGCUUCGAAACCUAAAAAGGUUUAAAGACAAAGUUCGUCAUCGAUCACUGCGCCUGUAAUAACAACGGAGCCACCCUAAGUACCUUAAGUAAAGCGUAAGAACAUAGUUAAAUGGUGACAGCAAUGGAUGAUAGUCAGUCUUUUGUCUAGGAACAGCCGGUGUGUCUCAUAUUUAAAAAAAAAAACAUAUCACCGGAGGCAAGUUAUCCAGACGAACACUAGAGGCGCCAGCUGAAAUGGGCUGUUGUCACGAAUGUUAUCAAAAUUCUUACAGUAGGAACGGCCAUCAAAUUAAGUGAAACAAAAAUUAUCGCUCAAAACAAGAAAAGAGGGUAUACUAUUCAUAACACAGCAAAAACAAAAAUAGGCACGGAUGGACAAACUUGAAGAAGACUGAAACGGAUUGAAAUUGUGAGUUUUUGAAAACUUGUCAGCUUAAUAGUUUUUAAACAUUUUUGUUGUUUGUAACGUUUGAUGUAGUGCUAGGAGGUAUAUUUGAUAGAGAAGAAACUGCGAUUUUGUUAUUAAUAAGUAAUUUCCUCGUUAAUGUUAAGGUCCAUAACGCAUAAGGAAGCGUAAUUGGCGAUUUUAACAAAAAGGACUAGACAGUCGGUGACACACGACUAUCCUGUCUCGUGAGCUCCUUUAAAUAACAACAUUGAGAGCUUUGGCAAACCAGGUUUAGUUUAUACAGAAAAUAUUAGAGUCCCUACCUUCAGUUGGUUUUGCAGUGUAAGGUAGUUCUGAUGUUUGAUGCUCAAGUUCAACCAUUUAUACGAAUGUUUCUCAGCAGAUUGCUUAUUGCUUACUGAGUGUAUUAUAGACGCACAUUACAAUUAUUUAUAGUAGCCUAGACAAUCGGCUAAGGCUGUUUUUUUUAAAGAAUUCUGACUCGUUUGACAUGUCGGGUAUUCUAUCUCCGUGAUCGUGCAGGUGAUAGCUACUCAUCUCUUGAUGCGCCCGCGGGCAGUACCGCGGGAUCAUCGAUCGAGACACCCAUGGCUUUAGACUGAGUCGUCUACGCAACAGUCUGACUCUUUGUUUUCACAUUCGCUCCUGGCCUAUCCUGUAGCUGUAGAUUUACAUUUGACCUCUUCGCGCAUUUAUGGCCAACGCAAAACAUACAACUCGUGUGGAAUCCACUGUUUUUUUAGCUGUGCUGUCGACCAAAGCCUGCGAAUACAGGCGUUUCUCCUUGCUCCUCGCCGCUAAGGACUGGAGAAAUGUCCCUGGUGGCGAGGAGCUGGGAGAAACGACUGUAUUCGAAGGCUUUGGUCGACCAGUCACAGGAGACCUGGGGUCCACUUUAGUCCCCGAGGUCAAGGUCGAGACCUUGCACUCGGGCAACGGCACUGUGCCCGAAUUUCAGUGUGGGUGAUGGAUAAAUGGGUGUGUUCACAUCAGUGCCCAUAAAGUAGCGCACUCUGGCACCGUGCCCGGAUACCAGGUGUGAACAGCUCGUAUAUCAGUUAUCGGGUUUACAUCUUCUUCAGCUGACCGGUUAAAAUCCGACGAGCUUUAGUGCAAACACGACAACCUAAAAACGCCAACCCGAUUCAAGAUGUCUGUAAUGACUAUUGUCAUCGACCACCGAAAACAUUGAUGUAAUAGUUUACUUGCCCUAGAAGAGCCGAUUGACACAAAAUUUGGCCAUUACUUUUUAGCUGCCAUUUGAUGAAAAAGUGACUAAAUUGGUUUUUCCAGAAUGUUUCAAAACCGUCCUUUUACAGAUAAAAAUGACAAGCUAAUCGCAUUGUCGGUUUUACGGCUUUGCUAUAAUAAUUACUGGAGAAAACGAGUUUGGAUUUGUCAACUUUCUUUUCACAUUUUCCUCGUCUUGAACAGUGAAAAGGUGUUCUUUUGUUCCAGCUGGGCGCGCAUUGAGUUUCUUUUUCUUUGUGCCAAGAAACGAGUCGUAGUACCGCAUAACAAUAGAAGCCAUUUGUGCGUAUAAAAGAUUUCAGCGGACAUGCGGCAACAUUACAUCGCAUUCAAAACUUUUUAAAGACAUCUUUACGUGCUUCAGCUUUCUGCGAACGAACACUAACUUAGUGGCGCAUUUGUGUGGCUUCAAGUCUUCAACAUUUUAGUCCGAUUCAACCUAUGCGAAAGAUCGACUUAACGACUCGGUCGAAGAAACGACCGAAUUUACAUGUUUUAUUGAGAUCUGUUUGUCUGCUCGAAAUGUUUGAAAAAUGCGACAGCUGUCGAGUUUAAUAACAGUUAUGGUGCUUUCCACUACGACUGAAUUCCUUUGAAGUGUUCCCACGAAAUACUGUCUUCCUCGGUAAGUAAAAAAAGAAUUCACGCUUUCGCCAAACCUUCUUGUUACUCUAAAAGUGUGAGCCAAACAAGUUUAAAACUGCUGUGUACGGUCCGCUCAGGUUAUUCUUUUGAUUAGUUUGAGUGGCUAUUAUCAUGGCCCCAAAUUUGUAAACACAAAGUUAACUUAGAUAGUAGUCGGCAAAUGUCAAGUUGUUUGAACUCGAUCACUUGACGUUUAGUUGUUUGGGUUUUAGCGUUUGUUUGUACUUUUGGAUAUCACUCCUUAAUGAAUACUUUUGUCGAUUAUUCAGUGUGAAAAAACUUUUUAUCCUUCAUGUUAGAAUAAAAAGCAAAGAAAAAAAUGCUUAGUUACACAAGGAAAAAUCUCUCUAGCGUAUUUUAGGGUGCACAAAAUAAGAAGUAUCAAAAUGCUUGGAGCUACGAUUCACGCAAGAAUAGCCAGCCUUCCACACUGAGUUGGCCUUGGGGGAGUUCGAAAAAUAUUUCUUUUUUAAGAAAGAACUGAUAGAUCUUAGUGGCGCAAAAAUUAUUUAUUGCGCACUACAUCAUUUCCGUCGUAAAGGCAAGAACUUCUUAGCUUUCCUUCAUUUAUUUGAUGGAGUCAUUAAACUAACUUGCUUUUUUACUUGAUUGUUCUGUUUACCAAAUGCAUUGUUUUGUUUCCGGCCAUAGCGCUUUGACUUUAUCACGAAAUGUAUAAUUGCCCCCUUAGGUAUUCUCGAGUGUUAAUCAAAGUACUUCAUACAAUAUUGCGGUUUUAUUGCGGCAUUCAUCAUUUUAUAGAGUUAUACGGCUCACUAAAAAACAACCUCGUUUACUGUAACGAAAAUGAACUUUAACACUGACCGUCUUAAAUACUGUUCAGCUUGAGAGAUGGAACUCAGGCAAGUGUAAUUUGCAUGUGUAUUAGAGUCUGGAAACAAUAGCUAUCACUUAGAAAUUACAUUUGAAAAAGUUUCAUUAAAAUGACCCCGGAAAAUCUUUUGGGCCAUGUCCACACGAAUGCGGACUGAUUUUUUGAAACCACAUAUUUUUUUAUCCGGAUUCGUGUGCGGCUUCACUUGUGAGGGUUCUCAAUAGGUUUUUCGGGACCCGGCAUUUCCCUUAUUUGAAGCUCGGGAUGCGGGGUUUGAAAGCAAAAUCGGGACGAGUUUCGGGAUUGAAGUAUGCUUGGGAGGUGGGAUGUCAAAUAUAACCCUCGGGAUAACGGGAUUUCACGAAAUUUUGGGUCGGGAUUACGGGAUUGAAGAACCCUAUUGGGGACCCACACUGGUUUCGAGUAGAUGGAAGACCGAUUCGUGUAGAAUUUACAUUUACCAUUUACAUGGAAAAACCGGAAAUAUCCGGUUGGAAAAUCAAAUGGUUGGCGCCAUUCCGUUUGUAGUCUCCUUCGCAGCCCUCUCCAAAAUAACGCUUCUUCCGUUGUUGGCGUUGAGCAUUGCGUGACGAGCAUAAAAACGGUUGCGAAGGAGACUAUUCCGCUUGGGAAGCUUCAGAAAACAUGGGCUUUGACUUUAGGCAAUGCAUUUUUUGCUACUCUUUCGAGUCUGCUCAGAUGAUUUGGAUAGUACUUUGUGGCGGAUUUUUCUCCCACGACGUCAAAUUCUAUAGUUUUAUGUUUUUGCGCAAGAUUUCCAUUCGGGUGGUUUGUUUCAAUAUAUGGUAAGCACCCACUCUGUCUGUUCUCACUUCAGUAAUUUUGCUGGUGUAUAAUUCCAACCAUUCGUAAGCCUACAUUGCAUGUGAGCAAGUCCUUACGAUUACAACGUUUUCUCAUCUCUUCACAGACAUGCGUAUUCAGCCUGGCUGCCACCCUGUGGUCAGCGGCUGACUGGCGGCUGACAGAGGCAGAGAAGCCGUCACUGAGUACCAGGUUCCAAGAGUUGCUGGUAUCUAUGACAGACGAUUGCCCGGACGCUAGGCCAGGCUUAUAUGACGUACUGCAAGUAAGUUGUCCCAACACGAGAAUGGUUCUUUCUGCUUUUUCGAUGUUUUGCUCUUCUAGAUCAAUUAAGGUUUGUGGGAAACUACCCACCUACCCCUCCCCUAAGCUGACAUUAACACUUACUUCUCACUUAGGGCAAAAGGUGGCUUAGGGGAGGGGUAGGUGCACAGUUUCCGAGAAACCUAAAUUGGUCCGCUUUUCUUUUGCUCUUGUUUUGUUCAUGUUUAUAAAUGAAUAACACAAAUAAAGGCAGUUGGCUGCAGUUUUCUAGGGUCUCCCCGAGGAGAUUGUUAAAAUUGGCGACCGAAAAGCGAGUGAAAUAAAGACAAAAUAAAACAAAAACAAACAUAACUAAAAGAUAAAUAUAAAUAAAUAAAAACAAACAUAAAAAAGAUAUAGCCUGUUUUGUGAAAAUCCAACGCUUGAUCAUUCUUGCAAAUGAAUGCUUCUUUAAUUCAUGGAGCUGUAAACAGGUAGUCUAUAGUCUUAAAGUAAGUUAUUGAAAUGAAAGCUACUGAGUGUAGGAGAAGUACUUUCUGCGGUACUGCUUAUUAUGUCUUUCCUUAUAGCCGGCGAUAUUAAAUUCCAUAAAAUUAGAUUCUUAAUUAUCGUCUAAUUCAAAUGGAACAUAACCAGGUUAAGAAUCCCAAUUGGUAGGAAGCGAACCAGCUUGCUAUUUACAAGGGUGACCAAGGAUUUGAACUCGGGACUACAGAGAACAAAUCAGGCGAGCGGUUGGGGCGGGUCUUACUCUCGAGGCUUGUGGAUUACAAGUCCAGCGCUCUAACCGCCCAGCCACGCUGCCUCCACAGAUGGAAUCUAAUUAAUUUAUUAAAUUUUGAUCAUUUAAAUGAAAAUAACUAAGCAGUGUGAUUUUCUGUACUGCUGCUUCAGUAUUGUGCAUUACAACGUAAACACUUUAUUUAGAGAGGGUAACACUAAACAGCUAGAAGCUGAUGAACUUGUGGCCCUCAAAACAUUAGAAAAGAGAAAAUUACAAAAAGUGCAAAUAUCAAAAAACUAUUUCUAUCUAAUGUAAAAAUAUCUGAAAAUCAAUGAAAAUUAUACAUGUAAUUAAAUAUUAACAGCAAGCUAAAUAUAUAAAUGAUUUAGACUAAGCUGUUCAUUAAAAAUUAGAUUAAAUAAACUCUUCUUAAAAGCAGGAAGGGAAUCCUUACGUCUUAAUUCUAAAGAUAAAUUAUUCCACAUUUUGCAAGCUCUAACUAAGAAGGACUUUCCACCCUCUGUCUCGCGUAUAUACUUAGGGCAAACUAAGUUAAAUUUAGCAUACCUUGUAUUUCUGGUAUGAACUUUAAAAAAAAUGUUCGUUUAAAUAACUGGGUAAGGUACUCUGAAUAAGUUUGAAAACUGUAGAGCGAACUGCUUAUCUUAUUUUCUUGUAAGGCUUAUAAAGAGGGUCUUACUUUCGUGUCGAGUCGUUGGGUGAAGUGUGGCCAUUCAAAUGAAGGCUUCUUAGCCCUUUUGCCAUUAAUUGUGAGAGUUUUUUUAUUGUCUUCAAUCCACUUGGUUUACGGUCGGUUAUGAAUGAUAACUAAAGGCUGAAAAGUCAAAAUGAUGUCAAUAAUGCUAGGGCUUAUCUUACUACGUCUCAAUCCGAGAGUGUCUUGGGGAUCUAAACUUAUUUUUGUUUUGCUGUUUCUCGUGUCGAAGUUACAGUAGACUGAUUCACAAUCAAGUCCUCAGUACCCAAACCUUCGAGUGAAUUCGAAGCUUGGGUUGACCUCGUUUGAUGUUAAAACUGGUAAGAACAGCACGGUUUACGAGUAGACUGUGCCAACGACUGAAAAAACGUCAUUAUCACUAUUUAUUUGUGUUUCCAGACAUGCGAAUCAUUACAGACUGGUGGAGAUAUGACGUCACGAGAACGAUGCCAGGCUCUGCUAUGGGAGUACCAGGCCUCCGCAGCCAUGGAUAAUGAGGAUGUAAGUUAACUAUUGAGAACUUGUGAUUUGGAUUAGCAAACAUAUUUUGCCAGUUGGUCCUUUAUUAUAUUUAGGUCCUAUUCUGCGUCGAAGGAGGGAAAAGGCCAGCUGGGGCGAGAACGGGGUGUACAGGUGCUGAACAAACAUCUCUUACAUGGAUCCCCUCCCCCCAGAAAUCAUUCGCCUGCCGCUCCCCUAGGAAGUUUUCCCAGUUUUCCUUUCGAUCGUUAGCGUUUUUUCUUUUGAGGGAGGUGGGGGGCUACGGAUAUACUAGCUAGUAGAAUUAUUGCUAAAAAGUUCUUUCUUUUGUUUUUCGCACAGUGGUAACUUUUUGAAGAGAUUAAAACUCCGGAUUUCCUGUAUUUGAUUGCUCCCACUAAAUUAUUGGACUGUUUUGUUUACUUUUUGAGCUGUCUACAUAUUUUUAAGAGAAACCUUAAGUAAACCAAAACCGAUACGAGGGACCUGCUCAGUGCACGCAGAAAGAGGACAUUGAACAGUACAGAAUUGCUUCAGUCACUCAAAAUCAGACUUCGAAACAUUUAUUAGGUUUUUUUCGAAAGCAAACACAUUCUCUCCGUUUGACGUCCACUGUCAUUAGAUGAUUAACAAUCGAUGAUUUAUUUUCAUUAUUUGGGGCCUGUUAUUGUCAAUAUUUGCGUUUCUCAAGUACUAAUUAACAGUUUAUAUGGUAAUCAAGGUUCAUGAGUUUCUGUAUUUCAUCACCCUUCCAAUAAACGCCACGCAGACAUUCGAUCGAUAUCAGUCUUCAAAAGUCCUUGUCAGAGCUACUGUGAAGUUUUUAAAAUGACACAAUCCAAGAUGGCGGCACCUGUUGCUUUUCAAUCCAACUAUCCUUAUCAUAGUCUACUUAAAAACAGCAUACCACGACAAAUAUGUUUGGUAAGUUUGUUACCUGCUUCUCCGAUCCACCAUACGUUGUUAUGGAAGUACUGAAUACCGACCAACAAUCACAUUUUCUAAAAUUUCCAAUGAGAAACAUUUACAAUUUUAAAGAUUUCGGUAGUGAAAGCAAUAGUAUGUUUCAUGCCGGCACGAGAUGGACAUCUUUAACAUCGUUGUUUGCAUAAACCAUUUCAAUAGGGUUCUUAUGUGAUGUUUUCAAGCUACUUACGAAAUGACUCCUGGUUUGAAACCUUUCACUGUUUUAACCUAGUGAGUUUAUAUUGUCUUGCAAUUCGACUUUUGAACGAGGUUUUUUAAUGUAUUGUUCUCUCCAGGUAGGUGCAACAUUCAAAGGUUGCUUUUCCGGGUGUGAAGUUUAGCAGAACUUUUUUAUUGUACUUGUCAUUUCCCCCUCUUUGAAGAACGGUUCCGGUUGGGGUCGAUCGAUGUUAAGAGAGGGGUUUCACUUGUGUUUCAAGGCCACCAAUAGCCCUGGAAGAUGACAACAGCACUUCUUAGUAGAGCUGGUUAGUUUCCGUUUUUGAGCAACUGCUCCGAGGGCGGAAAUAGAUAUCUAGUACUUUUGAUAUUCGAUGCCUCACUUUGUUUAAUUGUCGCUUUUUUCUCUCAAGGCCACCAAGAGAAAAACGCUAGAAGAAGACAAGAAGCAUCACGACACACUGAUGGGAUCCAUUUCAGUAGCCGCAUCUUUCAAAGGCUUUCUAAAACAGGUAAGUUUUUCAUGAUUCCUCCACUCCGUUAUCAAUAUGAGCGUUCGCGUGGUUUUUGCGUGCACUUGUCGGAGCAUUUGUCAUGGAAAAUGAAGGCUUUAAGUGCCCUAAGAGAUGUUUAUCACUGUGUCACAGAAUGUUCACGAAGAAAUUGCAGCAUUUGAUAUUCAUAUUUAAAGCCGCUUUCUUGUUUUAUUUUGUUUUGUUUGUUUGUUAUGUUUUCAGCAACUUUUCUUCAAAAUGUUUCAUGAACAUGCUUUCCAUAGACACUGGUCUUUUGUUGUGGUUAACCUUUUUUUUUUGCUAAACAUUUUAGUCAAAACAAUUUUUCGAGUGUGUCGCCCGUCAGGCGAAGUUAAUGGCAACAUCAUUUGUCUUCACCCCCUUUAUUUAUCAAGGUAUUAUUAAUGCGUGGACGAUGUCAUAAUUGUGGCUAACAAAUGAUCUUAAUAAAACUCACCUCCUGCAGCCAUUAUGGAGACAUGUUACUGAAACUGAGUUCUAACUUUUAAAUUGCAUUGGUACAUGAAAUUUGACGGUGCGACCAUUCAAAUGAAACCUCUGAUAAUACUUUUACGUGGCAUUAUCUAUUAUGUAUGCUGUAAAGACAUGCUCCAACUUUUGAGUUUAUGAACAAAAUCCUGUGGUAUGACCAUUAACAGCAGAUUCGCGUAAUAGCAUUUGAUUUUUACCGUUUGUCAAAAAUAUGAUUUAUCUUUUUUCAUCUGUCCUUCUCUGUGAAUAAGAGGAUUAAAUAAAAAAGAUUCGUGAACAAAAGUCAGAAAUUGUUUGUGCCCUGAUUCGUUGAAAAUGUUAGAAAUACGAAUGUGUAUACAACAAAUUCUUGAAAGAAGCAAACAAUCAUUUAAAUGUGUACUUGUAGAAAUUUAUUUCACAUGUGUAUUACAUUAGAAGUAGUAAAGAAGAGCUACUGUAUUUUUCUUCACUUUUUUUUCUGUUCUCUCUAACAGCCGAUUCACGUAAUAGCGUUUGAUUUUUUACCGUUUUUCGUGUUACAGUUUUCCAUUAAUGAAGCCUGACCAGGUAUUAAUUUGACUCAGCUUGCAAUUACGUAAAGGCUCCAUCCAGCUAGUCUAACAAGUCUGACUUCUUAAAAGGAAAUCCUUAAUAAUUACAAGCAUUGGGGUGAAAUUAAUUUUGACACCCUUACCGGAAAAUAAAGGUUACGGCUUACGAACUUUCAUUGAAUAACAGAGAAGGAAGAAGGCUAAGAAGGACGUGUAUCACAAGACGGUUGUCAUCUUCAAUGCGAUUACUAAGCGUUUAAUCCAGUUAGUUAAUCGAACGCUAGAUUUUGAUUGUUAGUUUUUGAUCACCGAACCAGAAUUCAAAUGCUUUACCUUUGAUUCUCAAUUCAAGCUGAUUUCCAUACUGUACAACGCUACCGCGCGUUAUGUUCGCGAUUUUUAAAGCUUACUACACAAAUUGGUUUGUGUAGUAAUAAUAAUCCGAGAAUAAAUAAUGAAAAUAAAAAAUGAAACCUACACUCGCAAGCCGGUCAGUGUAGGUUUAUGUUACAGACUAUACGAGUCAUUUCGUUAUACUCAGCCAUAUGAUAAAGCUUUGCCUUUUCCAUUACACUCAAUGAGCUACCGCAGGAGUCUGUUGCGGUUUUUUUAAUCUCAAUCUCAGUGUUGUUACUUAAACAAACUUUUGUGUCUGUGUGACAUUUAUUAACUUCACGUCGCCUACCCCCAUAUUAAAUAAACGCAGUUGGCUAUUUUCUUUUUGUGCAUAAAGCGUUAUUUACUAAAACCGACAGCUGACAGUUUUUUAAAAAUGAAACCUUUAAGCUCUAAGAGUCAUCUGCAUGAAAUUUCUCCUUGUAAUAUCAAUACUUUAUAAAACAGGGUGGUCAUGAGAAUUGAUGUCAUGAUCACAGAAGAUGAAUCUAAUUGAUACUUCAACAAAUUCUCCCCAAUACAUCUGUUGAGAACGUGCAGGGACAACAUAUGAGAAUUUAAGUUUUUGAUAUUAGGGUCGAAAGGGUUGAGUGUUUUAUUUGGCAUGCAGCUGCAGGAAACACUGUGCGCGAUAAUUAAUAUAUCUGAUUCUUUUUCUUACGAAAAACUGUUAGUUUUGCUACACAGUUCCUUUCGGCAAUGUCAAUAUAACAUUUAGUUUUGUUUGUUGGAUUUUACAGCAUCUUUGGAUAAGCUUGUCUAUUCAGCGAAGCAUUAUGUUUUUAUUCAAAUAAGACAACGUGUCAAAAACAUCUUUAAAAGUUUUUCCCUGGGGGCAUUCAGUGGGAUGAAUUUAUACAUUUUCCUUUUAAUUUUUAAAGAAGAGAACAUUUUCUUUUUUUCCUAAGAAAAAAAGAGGAUUUUAUUUUCAAUCGUAAUUUUUCUGAUGGCAUUUUCUGAGUCCUUAAUUUGACGUACCGUUUCCGUGGUUAACAAAAGGUAAGUUUUGAUCUUGAGGCAAAAUUCGUCCUGGAUGCUCUACUUUCGGAUAAUUUCUAAACCGUUUUUGUGAUUGUUUCUUCAGCUUGUCACUCGAUUUUUCUUUUCCAAAAACGAGGAUAGUGUACACUUUGUACGUCAAUUAGAAUUAUCUCAAAUUCAGAUCGCUUUGCGGUCUUGACCAGACGAUCUGCCAUGUUCUUCUCAACCGGUCUUGCAUGAGAUUUUUUUAUCACCUCAUAUUAUUAUAUUAUUUCAAAAAAUAAGUUUAGUUAACAAAGAAAUUGCAAGUAUAUGCGUAUUGGAUAAUACUAAUUCUCUUUCAUUUAGUUGCUCUGAAGUGAUCGUAGGAUAAAAAUUUAUGUUAUUGAUAACCAGAAAUUUAAUAAACAAAUGUACUCCCUAAAUAAACAUUAUCCAGUUAUGGUCACUGCUUUGUCUAAUAGCAGUGUAUCGCGUUUCUGCGUUUAUUUCUCGGGGGCGGGGGCACUCUUUAUUUGAUCUUGAGGGGUAUGUGCAGUGAACAGGAUUUUGUGUCAGGGUCUUGAGUCUUUAACAGGGUAUGCAAUUCUACCAUUUAGUGUUUUGAACAGGGUGAAUCGGAAGAAGCCUUUGAAGGAGUAUGAAGGCUGGCGAUGAGCGGUCUUCCUUUGUGGUACCAACAAUUUUUUACAUAGAAUUUCAUUCCUUGUUGUUUCCAUGAUGUUAGUUUAAAAAAUUACUUAAUUCUGUGUAGAAAACGAAACAUCAGGGUCUUAAAGUAAGGCUACCUAAGGUACAGAAGUGAGCAAUUUUUGUCUUAAGAAGGAUGAGACUUUGAAGGCCUCGGCGGCACAUCUCUACCCAGACUUCACCCAGAGUGCCCCCCGGGGUUCAUUUGCCUUUUUGCACAACUAGAAAGACUGAUUUGCGGGGCUAUCAUUCCCUCAUACGAAUGUUGAAUCGCUGAUUUUAUUUCUUUUGUCUUUGGUCAUGAAGAGGAAGUUAUUUCAGAGAGUAAUUUGUGUCCCUUACUUUUAAUAUGUAUCUGCUUUAAUCCGGAGUUGAAAUCGGCUCUUGCUUUGAUUAAAUGCCUGUUUUUCAUUUAAGUGCAAACAAAGAAUUUUUCGUAUGAAUUGAUCUUGUUCGUGUCUUUUCUUGUAGACGACUAAGCCUGAAGAACGGAAUCCCUUUGUAAAAGCUCAAAACAAUCAGGAACACUCCACUAAAACUGAUGGCAGGCCCGUUGAGAAGUUAUCUUCAAACAGAACAGUUUUCAAAUCCGAAAGAGAAGAGAAGGAAAAAGCUGCAGUGGUUGUGAAUUCACGAGAGUUGAAAUCCACUUCAAACAGCUCAGUAAGUCCUAAUACGGAAAAGAAAACUCCUCUGCUUGACACGUUUGGCAGCGAUAGCGACGAGAAUAACAACACGAAUGACGGAAGAAAUCGCAAACGAGGUUAUUCCCUAACAGAGGACCAGAAAGAACAACUUUUAUCUCUUUUAGCAACAGCUAAACUGAACCAAAAAUCACUGGUGUUGGAGAAUAACGGAGAUACAAGCGAAGAAGCGAAUAGUCAGAAACGAAAGGGAACUGAAGAGCAUCCCAUCAAACCACCCUCUCCGUCAACGUAUGCUUACCCACAGUACGCGCAAACAGAACCUCAGAUGAUGUUUAGUCCUAUAACUCCAGCCGGUCGCUCUGCGUCCCCUAGUGUGCGCUCUGACUCCGGUGACAGCCAAAUACCUGCUGUCCCUAAUUUUGUUCCUAUCGCUGUUCCUAUUCCUAGUGUGACUCCUGUACCGAUGCCCCCUUUUUGGUACAUGCCCCAGGGAGGUAUGAUGCCGUACCCUCAAUCAACAAUGUCCCCAAUGCAUUUUGGACAGAUGGAUACAUCUGUUCCUUCCAAUAUGUCCGUGUCAACAGACAGUGAUGUGAGUGAGGUUUCGGACAUAGACCUUCAGUCUAAAAAUUCAAGUUACAUUAGAGCGGCCAAUUCAAGCUCAUACUCAGACAAAGAGAGAGUGAGGCGUUCAAGUGGUAAUAAGGAAUCCAAGCUUCCCCGCCCUAUAUGGCAAACGCCUAUUAGGAGGAGUAGGGCAACUCCGGUUGAACCACAAGCGAGUUGUAAUUUUCGCCAAAGAAAGACACAGAUUCCUGAUGAAUUCACUGAGCGCAACGAAGAGGUCAAACAAGUUCGCGCACGCACUCCGUCGCCUUCCUUCGGCAGAAAAAGGUCUCCCGUAGCCAAAACACCGGUUCGGUCUCACACACCUCCAGUUUACUGGACCAGAGAUGGGGUAGAUGUGUCAGCGAACAGGAUUUCGAAAAGACAAUCGACCGGUUCUUUCCCAGACUGGCGAUCCUCGAGCUCCUCUAGUUCACCAGAGGUACGUCGCAGAUCUGUCUCAUCCCCAUCCACACCCAGAACUGACAAUCCUGUACAGAGACCAAGAAGCAGCAGUAGCCGACCAUCCAGUCCAGCUGGAUCACGAUCGAAUAGCCCUGUGUCUCUUCUCGUGUCAAAAUUCGAGGAAAUGUCUCAACAGAACUCAGACAACGCACCAAGGGUUCGUUCCGACUCCGUGUCGUCUAUGAUAUCAAAAUUUGGUCAUUCUUCGCUGGUGCCAGAAGAUCGAAUUGUUAAAGGGCAGUUCAAGCCAAACACGUCUGCUCCUGUCCCCCAGUCAGUGUCGAAAACAGGUCCUUUCCGUCCAGCGACUCGUGACGCACCAACAGUCAAUUGUUCUUCGCGUGAAAGAGGCCUUUCGUCGCAUGAAAGGACCAGGGUAAGCGAGUCAUCGGAUGGACACAAAUUGUCAGGUAACAAAAAUUUAGCGGAUCCACGAGACAUGCAUCGCAGUGGCUCAGAUCCCGGAUCCAGGGAAAGCAGAGGAGAAACACCACUCUCAAGAGAGAAUCGGCGUCGACUGUCAUCAUCGCUUGGAAACAUUCGCAAAGCAUGCGAAACCAGUGAUGAAAGAUAUCAGGAUUCCAGAAAACGACUCCUGGAAACUGUAAGGAAAUGGUCAUCUCAAGAAAAUAUCAUGCGAGACAAUAGCUCCGAUGAUCUGAAAAAGGGAGUCCAAGAAUGGUGUAAAACUGGACAGUCUCAAGUGGAUGGAUAUUCUACUAAGAAAGAAAUACAAUAUAAAGAAAUUGGCACAAAUACAAGGAACACGUCUGGGAACUCCUCUUCACGACUGGGACGUCCUCUAAGCAGUGAACUAAACACCGAGCUAAUCAUCAAGUCAAACAUUUCAUCAGAUGGAGUAUCAAAGCCUCUGUGGACCAAAGACGGAAUGACACUAGAUCAUGGCAGAAUCUCAAGUCUUGAUUCGGAGCCAGUCCGUGAGAAAGGGUCUCCUAAGUCAAGACCGAAGGAUAUCUGCAUUCCUCCAGAAAGAGAUCCUUCGAUGCAGUAUUACGGAAUCAAAAGUCCUAAAGACUUCAUUUGGUCUCCGACUUCAGACACGCAGAAGUUUGAGAUACCCGUUGACUUGGCAAUUUUGGAGUCUGCAACACCCUCUGUUUCCAGCCCUCUAAGUUCUGCGUGUGGAUUCGAUGUCUCAUACGGUAGAUGGGACGGAGAAGUUCUUUCGCCUGCUGCCCCACUAAGCCCAGGAUCACUAAAAGAUUUUAAACCCUCCAAUUACUUUACAAGUGUUACGUUUAAAUGUGGGGAGAUGGAACCGGAACGAGAUACAAACAGCUCCCCUACAAGAGCGUCUCGUGGAACUGUUAACUUUGAUUCUGUUUCUAAUAGGAGAGAUCCCAAUCUCAACUAUGUGAGACGAUUGGAGAGGAAAAUUCUUCGUAGCACUGGUGAUAUCGAGGAGGAAGUUUUUAGUUCUAAUUCAGGUUCCAGCGGAGCUCAAAGUGGAACAUCCAAAGAUGAGGUUGCUGUCAGGAGUGCGCAACAACGUUCGUAUUCCGAGACUGAAGGACCUAAGAAAGUGGUAAAAGGCAAUCCAAAUUCUACCAUGAGCAAACAUGUUAAGACUUCCAAUCAUUCUUCAUCUCUAGGUUCUAACAUCGUGUCUACAGGUGAUUCAAAAAACCCAAGAACUCAAACCAGAAAUGAUUUGAUCGUAAGAUCAAGACAUCCAUCUGGCAAUGGACCGCCUAAAAAAGGCAGUAACCCAACAUCUACAAAUACCUCAUCAUCUAGAGCUAAUGAAGAAAAGACGUCGAAUUCAAAACCCUGGAUAUCCACAAGACGAAGUUCUUUACCUUUUUCUCAAGCAAUUAAUCUUUCUCCCAAUGGUGAUGCUUCUGGGAAUCCCAAAAUCACAAAAAGUUCAUCUCAAACCAACUUGUCACCGAACAACCCAAAGAUGAAUCAUGUUCGGAAAUCCUCUUCACAAGCCAAUUUAUCGACUGGUAAAGGUCCCUCAUUAAUUUCCUCAAGCAAGGAACCUGCUUUAAGUCAGGGAAGCGGUAGUGGACUUACAGUUUCCAAUCAUCCAUACUCUAAAGGAACUGAGACCAAAAGUAAGAGUUCAACGACUCCAGGCAAGCCAAGCAUUUCCCACCCAUCCCACGAUGCGCACGUUUCAAAGGAGCCUUCCAAAGAAAGGAACAGUGGCUCUUCCAGUGUGAACACUCGAACGGUCAAAACCAACGUAAACUCUGUCGCAUCUAGAAAUUCAGACUCCGGUGCCGUCAGAUACCCUUACACUCGUAGAGGAAGCACGCCUUCAAAAGGUAAUUCUACCAUUAAACCACCCGCCCAGAAAUCAGCCAGUAAUCCUGCUUCACCGCUUGAUCCAAAAGACAAAAAUGUAACUUUUGAGUUUUUUAGACCAUCAAACGCUAACUCCUCUUACAAAUCUAAUCGAUUAGUAAGCUCUGUUAGCCCUAACAAUGAACAGGCGAAACAAAAAUCUAAACAAAAGGCAAAGCAGAAAACUCCGAGCAGAGAAGGCAGCAGUACUGGAUCCUCUGGAGUUGAGAGUAGUCCGUUGACAUCCCCCUCUGGAAGCUUUUCAAAGCCAAACACAAAUUUUUUGUCCCCUUCAAGUGGUCAAUCCCCUGAACGACAGGUUGGCCCUGAAGAUUCUGGCAUCUUUUACCUCCCUUCCUCAAGCGAAACUUUAGCUAAAGACAAGUCAUCUUCAUCCAAGGUCACUACGAAGCGAUUUCCCAGCAAUUCCUCGACUGAUAGUGGGCUGAACAUGUCAGACUAUGAAGAAACUCGAAAAGGGACAGGAAGUCGAAUUGUAAAUAAAACCAAUUAUGUGUCGUCCCCUCCUACUUCUCCUACUUCCUUCUCUCCAUUGCAUUCACCGACAUCUCCAAAGUUUCCUAUAAGUUCAGGCUUUUUUUACUACCCAAAAGACGAACAAACUACUUCAUCUCGAAAGUGCUCUGAUGAGAAUAAAGAACUAACAGCCUUGACAAAUUUGUCUUCAUCUUCAAAACAAGGCGACGUUUCAGUUCAAAGUAGAAAAUCGUCGGCAAAGUCUAACGAAUCUACAAACAAGACUUUACGAAAUGAUAGCGACAAAAUGAAGAACGGUAAAGGCGGAGUAUUUAAAACUCAGGAUAAAAUCACGCUAGAUAAAAGUGAAAAACUUAACAGCCUUUCGGAAAAACCUAAAGACGAGACUGUAGUCCUAAAAGCAGCUGCACUCACGCAAAUUGUGAGGUCCAGUUCUAAGGACAGGUCAGCUUCUUCGACACCUCCCCCUGACAUUUUAGGAAGACCUUCCUGCAAGAGUCCUUCACCUUCGUCCCGAGUUGAUUCCAAGGAAUUGCUUGGCCAGCUAGUAAAGAAGGUUCUCAAUUCCGCCGCGGCUAAGCAAAGUUCAUCUCCAAAAGCGUCCUUCGCUGAGUCGACGUCCUCUUCGCCGAGGACUAGUGACAAGGAAAAGCGUGCAGCAGAGGCUAAAUUGUUCUUUUUGCCUGAAGAGACUCUUGAUGGGGAAGUAAAAGAAAAAACAAAUCAACAAGGGAAGAGUCAGAAGAGCGAAAGAUCGAGGAGUGAACAAAAGACGGUAAAUGUUGAUAACACUUCCAAGAAAAAGGAGCAAAUACUGAAAGUGUCGCAGCAUCCUGCCCCUACAGGAAACGGAGAAAAUGCCAGUGUUCAAUCACAGCCUGUAGUCUUGAAUGAAGGGGAAAUAACCCCCAACAGCGCCUCUAAGGUUGAGGUAAGCCAGGUAAUUGUUCAGACUUUCAUUCCACAUUAUUUUGAUUCGUUUACACUCCAACCUCAUUAAUGUGCAUUUCAGAGGUGUCCAUAUUAUGGAAACAGGAGUUGUUUGCAGGUGCCCCUUAGGAGAGUUUUGACUGAGUUUCUUUUUUUCCUAUUGACGAUAUAUUUGGCGCAUAGUAAGUUAAGAUAUUACAGAGUUAAUUUUGCUUCGUAAUGAUUAGGAUUGCCACCAACUUUGUUAUGUUCGUGUAGGUCAUCUUUCCUGACGGAUAUUGGUCAACUUUGUCCAGGUGGCCCCUGUUACAGUAGUUACACUGUAAAGAAAUUCAGUUACUGAUUAUAUUUUUAAUCGAGUGAUAAUUGUUCUAAAUCCAUUCAAAUUUGAAGCAGUAGCUUUUCUGUCUGGUUAACAGGAGCAGUUAAGCUCAUCAGAGGGGAAGGAUGCUCUUUCCAAGAUUAUCGAUAUGAUACAUGACGAGUUUGCGUUUGACGGUUACUUGGAUGAUGGAGUGGAAGACGUCAAUAUGGGUGAGAACUGCCUCUCUUUCCUUUUUCAAAUAUCACACUACUUAAGGUUAUUCCAGGCCUCAGCGUUUCCCCGCGAAAUGACGCCUGAGGAACGGUGACGUGUACUGAUCAGAUGACGUGUCACUUUCCACAUCUGGAUACUUCUUCUCAUUGGUCGUGUAACAAGGGAGCUCUGCUUUAACCGUUCAGCAGUUAAACCCAGAUCUAGGAAGUGACACGUUCGUUUAUCAGACGUCAUUGCGCGGGGAAACCAGUGCGAGUGGAGUCACGAAAUGUCGCGGGCUGUUUUCUCAUGUUUGGUUAUUUCUUAUUAGUACAGAUUGCAUUUCUUAUCUUCAUUCUCACCUAAAAGAGUGUGGCGGAGUAGCAACUUUCUUUCCCUAGAAAAGACAUAGACUGAUUCCCAGUGCAGAAAAAGAAACAAACGUCGGAAAAUUAACGUAUUCAAAGCAAGUGCUCGUAAAUAUAUCCGUGUUUGCGAUACAUAUGUUGCUCGUCCCAUAAGAAGUUCGUGGUCGUCGGUCGGGUCUGAAAAUAUUUUCAACGUUUUUUCUCCUUUAAAUUGCAUGGGAGAAAUCUUAAAACAUCGAAUCUAGGCUUAUCCUUUUAGUGUUCUUUUAGUGAUAAAAUAACUGCCCUUUAUUUUGUCAUGAAGCGAAGGUCAUACUGUGUGGCGCUAACUUUUUGCGGGUUCUAAAAUUGAGGUUGAGGUUGUUUUGCACGAUCCGCAAAAAAUGUUCCUGCUAAAAUAUUCUCAACAAUCUGCAAUAAUGUACUCAACUCAAAUAGAAUACUGGUUUGAAAAGGAAAUUGUCAAAGAUAUUCCGGGGAGUCAUGGCGUAUCAAGUGGUGGAACGGUUAUUGAUCAAUUGCCGAAGCAAUUAAAAACGACCAUGCUAUGACUUGUAUUUCGAAUUAAUGUUGUUUGAUCAAAACACGAAAGUGUUGUAACCCUAACUGAACCCGACGUCCCUAAAGUUGCAAAUAAUAACUAAUUUAUUUUUUGUUAUUGAAAAACGUUUUCUUGCCGCUUUCAUUCGCGUAGUUGACCUGCUUACAGCGACGCGAGCGACUCCGCAAACACCAAAAUCCAUACCGCCAAAAAAUCUCUGCUCGUAGAGUAGGUACGACAGCGAGAAAACAACCUGUCUAUUUUUCCAAUCACAGAAAUAAGUUCCCUCAAAAUACAAAAAAUCGGCGAUGCACAAAAUUGAACCACAGCAAAAAUUUUCUGCCACACGAUAGUGUUGUUCCUCUGUAGUUGCCUCCCCGCUUUGUUAAAAAAUCGUUUGGGAUAAUCACGUUAUUGCACUCGUUCCCAGUUUAUUUGCGUCAUGAUGAAGUACACUAAAAUAAAACGAACAAGUUUUGCCUUCACAAGGAGGACCUAACCAGGACAAGACUUAGCAGGUUUCUUCAUUCACGUGAGCAGAUUUUUAGAUUGAAAAGUUGUCCUCUGUCGACGAAAACUACCUUGUGUAAUGCUUCCUAAAUCUGUAGCGAAUUGCUCAAAGAAAAACCAAUAGUUCUCAUGAAAUGUGCGAACCGCUUUUAUUGAGCAAUUUUCUUAUUAUCUUAUUUGCUCUUCGCAUUAUGUAUGCCACACACCUAGGUGCAGUAAAAUUUCUUGAAAACCUCUCAGAGCGUGUUAAAAAAAAAAAAAUCACCUUUCCUUACUUUAUGCGCUUUUAAAUCCGGAACUUGUUUUUAUGCGUAGAACGUGCGUUUUUAUUUAGAACCUUUUUGACAAAAGAGUGUUUCAAGCCUCAUUCUUAAUUAGUCCUCCUAAAAUCGCUUACAAUAAAAGAAAGCAAUUAAAGACAAUUCGACAUACAUGCAUUCAAUGAACUCGAGAUUAAUUUGUGUGCGCCCUCGUACACCUUUUCCUCUUAAAUUGUUCGCCAAGAAAAUUGCGGGAAAGAAAACGUCACGGCUCGGCAUUUUCUAUGUUUGCGCAACGGAUGGUUCUUGAAUAUGACCGGUAGAGAACUUUUAUAAGUCCUGAAAAACAUGUCAACCUAACGAUGAAAACGUCCUAAAAGGUGCACUUUUGUUCUCUAUUCCAUCUUAAUUGGUAAUGGCUGGUCGUACGGAAUAACUUUCAUGUUUUUACUGCUUAUUUAAUGCCGACUAGUGGUGCUGAAUAUCUUUUAUGAUUUUAUUAGCUUAGUUAAUGCUAAGUCGUUCAUCUUCAAUUUUCCCUCUUACAAAAUCAUCGUGUUUCGAGAAACUCUCACAAGGUAAAAAAAAGAUCAUAAAAAGUUUAAAAAAAAACAACGACAACAAUCAGCCAGCAUUUUUAGAGAAUGUUAUCCCAGGAGACAUACACCGAAUUGCGCUUUCACAAAGGACAUAACAGUGUUUGACGUAAGUAAAUUGGUACUAAGAUCACAAUUAAACUAUUGAGUAAACUUAAACAAUAUUGGCAAUUGGAUUUCUUUGUGUUUUUCUUUGAGAGAUGGAGACGCGAAUGUUGUUUGACACUAUAGUUGUAAAAUAUCGAGAUUGCAUGCAUUGAAUAGUCUUGAUAAGUCAGUCCACUGUGAAAGUGCCCGUUGGUCGAAGUGAACAUGUCGUGGCCUAAUAUUUCUGCGUAACUCAGGCUAACAUUGGAUUUACAUUGUAAAUUGUAUUGCGGACAUCGGAAGGGCAAGCUUCAACAAUUGAAAAAAAAAACGUGCUCAACUUUGGAUUUGAAAUGGGAGCCCGCACCAUCGAUACAGAUGAGCUGGGUUAGUAUACAUAGGACCAGUCAACAUUCAUGUUCAGGUAUCGCACUGUCUGCGAUAGGUCGGAAAAGGGCUCAAGGUUUAAUUAUCUGGUCAUACGCGAAAUUCGCGGUGAAUACCACAACGAUCGUUUCGAUUAUACGCGUUGAUGUUCGCUCACGGCAUGGUCUUUCAAAUUAUAUUCUUAUAAGAUUUAAAACUUGAAAAACUUAAGUUUUGUAAAUUUGUUCGCAGAGCGAUGGAAGAGUUUUUGUCCACGGCAGAAUCGUUCAAAAAAAUCCGUGCCAUAUUAAUAAUUGGCGUCUCACAACAGUCAAUUAUUCGUUCAAGCAGAAAUUAAGCUUACUAAGCCUAAGGUGAAACCUUGCUAUAUAUUUGUCGUAAAAAUUGUACCUGAAUUGAUAACAUUUAAGUAUUGUGUGUGUGUUUUCUUAUUCUCUAGCUGAAUAUGUGAUGUCACUGUCUGGUAUGAGUGAGGAUAAUUUUAAAGAGGCGGUCACAGAUCAGUAUAGCGACUUAUACUGGGACGAAGAUCUUCUUCACGAAAUGUACGAAGUGGUUACGGGCGGACAGAAAAUUCGGAGGUGAGUUCCUUUUAAACACACUAACUCAGUGUUAAGUCUUGCAUUGAGCUCGGCUAACAAACAAUACAGUCACUUGUCUGACCCUCGAACCCAUCUAAUGUACAAACUUUACGAAUCACUGCCGAUUGGUUUGAAAUAUUAGGCAAAUAAAUGGCAAAGAGGGCUCUUUUAGACAAAAGUCAUACGAGUUUGUUUAAUUUUUGGUCGUACGCGCGCCGUAGUUUGUAAUCGUACUCCCGCUGACGGAACUCUUUAAAUUAUUAAAACAAGCCGCUGUCUGUCCUAAACAGUGCUGAAAUUGAGUGACCGUUUUCCGAAAGUCCUCCUUAAUACCGAGCCCAGAAAGCUGCUUUUGCAUUCAAUGAAUCGAGUUUUCAGUAGUUUUUGAAAGUAAUGUAUUAUAAUUGAGAGUAUCAUUUAACAUGCAGAACAACACUUAAACAAGACUUUAAUAAACUAAUUGGGAUGUAGGAGCAGCACUACCAUUCUUUAGAUUAUUGAUUGACAAUAAGGCUUUGGGGCCGUAGAGUGAAAGGUACUUUUUAGAAAGGGAUUCCAUUGGUCCAACAUACAUCUCACGUAAAUUUCAAUUUAUUGCCUGCAAUAUUUUACAGAGGGCGAAGAGGAGCAAAGCUUUCCCUCGCCUUUCAUCACGCAUAUCUCCGCUGCUUCUUACGCUUCUGGAAACACAAGAAAACUAUCGUCUCAUUUAACACCCCGUUUAUAGGGGUCCGAACAAAUUUUUGAACGGACAAAAACUUGCACGGAUCCGCCUUUCGUCUACGGGACCCGCGGAACCUUGCAAGUUUUUUACCUCAGGGUCAGAAGUAGGUCAAAAUUUUGACCGGUACGGUUCCGCUUUUACGCGCACUCCUGUAAACACCUAAACCAUGCACGUUUUUGGACAGUUUGCGCGGAGGUAAAGGCCUGGAGCCUAGUUAUAACGCGCCUUUGAUAAAAACGCCAUUCCAUUACUGACACUGGCAAAAAUUUGUACGGACUGGUGUUAACAAUACUGUAACAGAAAUUGAACAGUGAGUUAUUGCACAGGCCAAAAAAUUCUUCCGUUCACUAAAAGCCGAACAUAAUACAUUGAAUUAGGUUCAUGAAAAGUUCGGCGUCUGAAUCAAUUAGGAACGCCUGUUUCAAUUUGGAACGGCGCAGCCGUUCUUCCCAUCCAGCCCUGUCGGGAAUUUCGACUUUGGAUCGACUUUGGACGGCUUUGAUUCAGACGCCGAACUUUUCUUGUACCGAACCUAAUGCAUAAAUUAUUAUAACGUAUUUUGUAAGCAGAUUGACCGAAAUGAGCAUUUUCCUCCUUAUUAAUUUAGUUCGGCUGGAAUAAUAAGAUCGGCGUCUGAAACAAUUCUGUCGGUCUAAAUAAUCUGGGUUGGCCUUAAUUUGAAUUAGGUUCGGCUCAUAGAAGUUCGGCGUCUGAGCCGGGCCUAAAUUUACUGUUGCGGACGUGAUCGCAUGGACCUUUUUAAGUGACAAAAUAUACAUUAUAACUUUUCCUUCUCUUCUUUUCAGAACAACCUUGCAGUUCUCUGAGAGCACCAUCAGUGACAAUAGCCCUCCGGAAUCUGUUAAUUUGUCACGCGAGGAAUCGUACCUCAGUUUAGAACCUUUAUAUUUCAACUCGAUCUCCCGAAGCAGCAGUGAAAGGAGCGGGACUGGAAUGCGGGACGUGCUGGUGUCACCGUGCUCGUUUUUGUCACCGCUUCAUGAGUUACUUACGCCGAUUUUUGAAGAUUAUCAUAGAGUUUUUCGCCGUUCGAUUAAAAGUUUAUUUUUGCACCGGAAAUGGUAACAGACAUUCAUUUUCACUUUUACCGUUCGAUUGUUAAAAAGGAUUUGAAAAAUACGCCGAUUUUUUUCACACACUCCUAGAAGAUUAUCAUCACCAACUCGUGCGAAAAUCCCGUGUUAUGGUUUUCAAAUCCUGGUCGACGAACGGUCGAAAUGAGAAUGAUAUCUAAAAAUCCGUGGAGCCAUGAUGUAAAAUAUAAAUCGAAUCGAACGCACCCGCCAAAGGACAUAUAACCAAAAAGAUAUGUUCUCUAUAACGAGGUUUUGUUAUAAAUCGAGGUUCUUUACCUUAUCUGGAUGAAGAAUAGAGAAAUUAAGAUUCACGUUUACCGCAAACGGCAAGCGUCAGACUCAAGUUGAGAAUUUCUCAGAAUAGAAAAUAAGCAGAUAAAAACAGUACCGAACGAUUCCUAUGAUUAAAACUGGCAUAAUACUACUUAUUUUUGUGUAGAACCAAUAAAGAGUAAACAGAAAAUAAGGGGGAAACUUGGUCGCGUGGUACAAAUUUACAUCUGCCGUUUGGCGUAACCGUGAAUCUUAAUCUCUCUAAUAUCGUUUGUUGAACCGAGAACUUCGUUAUAUUGAGGUUCCACUGUACAAUCGUUUACCCUAUAUUCUUGCUUGAGUUUUUUCCCAUGUUAAGACAAAAACGCCUAAUUCGAUAAUAAAAUUGCCAAUUACUUUUCGUAAUAGGAGUACCUGUUUAAAGUUUUCUGAACGCAUGAAAAUUAACAUUGCGUUUGAUUUCUAGCUACAGUUUGUUAUUUCUUUUCUUUUUUGAUUACCUUGCGUAAUCACAUGACGAAAUGUCCAACGUGAAUAACACAACAAUGAAACUUUGAUUUUUUUUCUCACCGUAGGGAAUCAAACUGGCAUCGACUGUGGAAGAUUUGUCGGAUAAAUUAGGAACUAAGAUUAUGGUAAGAUGUUUAUAACGUGGUCCUUUUCACGGCUGGUGAAAGACAUUUUGCAACGUUUAUUGAGCAAAAGAAUCCUUUAUAUCCAACAUUAAAUGCAAACUCCUCUAAGUUCUCUAUCUCUCUUGGCAUUAAAAUAAAUAUAAAUUAUGUUAGAAGAAAUGAAAACAAAUAAGCACGAAGAUCAUUGAUUAAAUGAAGUAUUUCAUUGAAUAUCUGUGGAACAUUACCGAAACACGAUAAAUGCCUUCUUGGUAAUGUUCGCUAGUAACUCAUUAGUGACCAACAUCAAUUUUCUCCUAACAAUAUCCAAAUGUUACCAAGAGAAAUGGUUAGGAGAGUUAAUAAAAUGGUCACUAAAGCGAAAAUGCUCUGAUCUGUUAACAAAUUCUCUCAACUAAUUCUUUAAAGAAAUGUGUAUGUAGAUCAGUUUGGAGAAUUUAUAUAUGGAUAUUGGGGCUUAACGGGAUACGGCUGGAACUAAGCUUCUAUAAAUCACAAACAGAAAAACGAUUUUUCUCGACCUGUUUGCGGGCGACCAGAGGAGCCCUGUAAUCCUAAUCUCCAGGUUGCUAUUACGCAUGCUUGGCACAUAUGUAGCCAGCUUAGUUUGGAAUUCCAUUAAGAAUGAAUGGAAGGCACAAAACGCCGAAGCAAAUGCAAUAUGAUCACGCGUGUUUCGACCAUCCAUCACGUGAAACUUACGCAAAGCACAGCGUUUGAGCAGGAGCGUUUUGAGCUUCCAUCGUUGUUGCCUACACUCUGUAACCUUUGGUUAUUACUAGUAUUAUGCCAUUCAUUAAGACGUCAUAUCUAACUUGGCGUUUAUUGCUUUUCUUAGGAAAUCUCUCAACAGCUGAUGUUGGAACGAAGAGCCAAGAAAAAAAGUAUGAAUUCCUACAAUAAAAUGGCUGAUGUUGAUAAUAAGAAAGGUAAAGAUUUUCUUUCCAUGCAUUUCUUCUCAUUAAUCCAAGUUACAGACGAUAACAUGUAAACGUGCAGCGAUACGAAUGUCUCCGAUAAUCUUCGGGAAAUUUCCAAGGCUUUUCUGAGACUUAAAUGGAGUCCGUAGCUUUCCUGAGUAAGAUAGAGGUCUUUUACAAUGACGGACCAACGAACCUCUACACCACCUUCUUAAACACCCCAUGAACCGUCGAAAACGAAAUUUUGAACGCAUCUUAACUCUUUAACAGCGUUAGCUUGGGCUGAAAAAUGUUUUCCUUUUCCACCCGUGCCAUUCCCGGAAGUGCACAAAACCGGAAGCAAUGAAACACUUAUCUUUUUAUCUUAAAGAUGUGAAAGAUCUGGCGUCUAAAUUAGUUAACGAGAUAGAAGAGAGCGACAAGAAGAUUGUUUACUUAAAACACGUGCAACGGCAAUUACGGGUAGGUUAAACAAGGACUUUAUAGCCUAACUGAUUGUUUUGUAACUUCAUUAUCUAUGGAUGUUGAUAAUGUUUUGCUAGCGUACGUUAUGUCUUCACUUUUUUUAAUGUCUUUUUGUUUAGAAUGUUUAUGCCGAGCGCUUUGGGAUGGAUACGUCCCUGCUUUAUGCGUUUGUCGUGAGGUAAGAAUAAACGAAAUGAUGUUUGAAUUUAAACCAAAAAGCUUUGUCACGUGGCUUGGAGUUAGGACGUCUAGUUUAUGUACUGUCCUCGGAAUGCCGUAUACGGCACUACUAGAACAAGAAAUGCUCUUCUUCAAUUUCAAGAGUGUUCAAAAACACUUGAACUAAUUCAUAAAGAAAUACGAAGAAAACUUAUGUGUCUCUAAAUCUGAUAAAACACGGCGGAGUUUUUAGCUUUAGUUUUUUGUGGGAAAAUGAUCCGAAAACCACGGAUUACCGUACAUUGCCGUUUAUAAGCCCUGGGCUUAUACUUCUUCGUAAGGCAUUUUAGAAAGGUUUAUGAACGGAGGAGCUUAAAUCUGAGGGCGCUUAUGAUCAGAAUAGAGGGUUUAAGCUUCACGUAUACGGCAAACGUCAGAUUCAAGUUGAGAAUUUCUCAACAAAGAAAAUGAGCAGAUAAAAACAGCUCAGAAAAUUCAUAUGGAUAAAAAAUUGCGUAAAACUACUUAUUCAUGUAUAGAAAUGAUGAAUACUAGGCGACAAGCCAAGGGGAAACUUAGUCACGUGGUAAGCUUUUCUAAAUUAUAACACAGGAUAUUCCGAGAGGUUUUUGCUAGAAGUAGAAACAAAAUCGCUUUCAAGAGCACUCGCGAUGGCGUGUGCUGUCCAAUUACUUAGGUAUGACGCGUACUGUCCUAUUACACCGUACCAUUAUUUCUGAAAUUAGGACAUUUGAUAGCCAAUCUGAUUUGAGAAUUUUUUAUCGUUAUAAUUAAACAUGGAAUAGACAACCGUAUAAUAUUCGCUUAAGAUUUUUCUGCCCUGGAGACGAAUUUGUUAGUCGAAAACUUUCGCUUUCAUUUUUUCUUUUGAAAGUAGACAUUAUUUUAACCGCAGCAGUUUUAUAAGCUACAGGCGCCGGUGUACUUAAAGCCCUGCCAAAAAAUGUUUGAAACGAAAAGUAUUUUUAAAUAAUUAACUAUUUUUCUAUUUCUUUGCAGCUACAACAAAUCAUGUGUCACGCUAGACCCGGAGUUCAACAACUCCUUGUUAAAUUUCUCUCCAAUAUGGAAUCAACGGGCGAAUGAAAGCGCUGAUAUCGUCGAUGAGUCUUUCAUCGGCCCCUCACUUCAAUCAGGAUCGAAACUCGGAUUAUUCUCCUAUCUGUUUGACAGGUGCAUAAAUUUGACUUUUACUUUUGCGUCUAACCAGGAGCCCAUAACCAUGAGGGAGCAAAUCCCCUGUGUUAGUGUUAGUGAGUUUUCACGAACCGAUUUAUUUUUAGUUCAGUAGUUGGACACGUGAUCAACUUUCUGUUUACAGGAGAACAGGUCGCUUUUGGAAAAUUCUGUUAGCAGGAACUGACAAAGCGUAUUAAGAUUAGGUAACCUGUAAAUUUUCAGCCAUAUAUCUCCAUAUUAGGGAUUGCAUCAGCCGCCGAAAAUUAAAAGGAUUUGCAUGGGAAAAACAACUUUUGACAACACUUCACACUUAAAACUAACACUUCCAAAUUCCAAUUCGAUCUGGAACGCACGGACACGUUUAAACGAGUUCAUAUGAACUCUUAAGUGCUUCGUGGGUAAACAAGCAAUUUACUUUUUUUUUUGGCCACCCAGUCACGCUUGAGUGGUUUUCCAUACAAAUCCUUGUAGGAAGUUAGAAAUUUUCAAACUGAUUAAAAGAUUUUCUUAAGCAUACCGUGGAACAAAGUUUCUUUUUUCGUAACAGACAAUUUGAGGCCUUAAAUGCGUAAGGGAAAGAUUUAACGACAGUUUGAAAAUUUACUAUGCUCUUUCAGUUCUGGCAAGCAAAAUUUUCCAAAAGCAACCUGUUUUCGUUUUUGAAGAUAAUUGAUCACGUGAUCAACCACUGCAAAAGGCCUAUUCAGACCAAUUACAGGCGUCAAUACUUAAUCAUUAAUGCCAUCAAAACGAAACCAAAAUGGUGGACAGAAGUGUGGUCGAACCAUCUGAUUCCUCCGAUAAUUGAAGUGCCGUUUCGAGCAAAGAUUUUGAAAGCUUUAUUAGCUCAUAAGACAAUGUAAAAGACGAUGAGGCGGAAAUCGAACAAGGUAGUGUGGUUCCUCUCCCUUCGUUUCGUAAAAGGAAAAAACAGGCGUCGCCCUUUAUCUCCAGCUACACCAUUCAAGACAAAAGACGUAUUCUCACCCAAGAAGAAAGACUUAUUUUAUAAUGACAUCAAAGGUAUCAACAACAGUGCUGUCGUUUAACUUAUGAGGUCUAAUUUAUGAUAUAAUGACACUUUUUUUAGUCAAUUUAGCAUUCAUAUAUAUUUAUCUUUUACAAUUUGUUCAUGAGAAUAGUGCCUUUAGGGCACAUGCAAAUUGAAAUUACACUAGUCCCUUUGGUUAUAAAACCUUUGGUUAAUUUUCUGGGUCAGAGUAUAAACAUUAGCUGCUUAACCUUGUGAAAAUCAUUCCAGUCGAUAAGAAAGUGGAUGAUUCAACUACUUUUGUCAUCACUUUUGUCCGAUUUUCUUCUCAUUUCAGACACGCAAUGAGCCAGGCCUACGUGCGUUAUUUUUUGUGCACAUACCGUUACAUUGCAACAGCGCAAGAGCUGUUCUCCUUCAUCAGAGAAAAAUGUUCGGCUUCUCUCAGGUGAGCUUGUUAAAAGUAGAGUUUGAAUCAAUCGAGGAUUUGGGAUGUCUAUGGUUGUUUACCAUUUACAAAAAGUUACGGAAAAUCUAGUUGGAAGUAUGUGGAACAUGACUUUUUGAGUCUUUCCGGCGGAAAAUUUCUGGGAGUAACGGAACAUCUGAAAAAGCAGUCCUGUUUUUCCGGAUGGAAUGCUCCAAACGGAAAUUCGUAUUCCAUUUCUUCAAAUUUCCAUUUCCUCUUCGUAUUCCAUUUCUGAUACAAUAUUAAGGCCUUCGUGGUCGUUUUUCGGUAAUUGGAUCUUAUUUGAACAAAUGUUAAACGCAAGGAACAGUGCAAGAAAGGAGAAGAAGAGGCCGACAAAAGAAGCGUUGGGAGAAUAACAUCUCUGAGUGGACAGGGUUGAAGUUUUGCGACACCCUAAGAAAAUCUGAAAACAAAAUGCUAAUCAAAUGGAGGGAAAGGGUUGCGAGGUCCGUGGCGCCCCAACGGUCACCAUGACUAAGUGAUAGGUGCAGGUACAGGUACAGGUGCAGGUGCAAACGCGAUUCCGGGACGAAAUUUACCAGUCCUGAAUUUUGCUUUCCCUUUACCCAAACCGUGACCCGACCGGUUUGCACUGUAUGUAAAUGGUAAACAACCUAUGGGUCCGAACCCCCCUUUCUUAACGAAGCGGCCAGCUUAACGUCAUCCAAACUCUGAGAUAAGGGUGGGCUUGGUCUCAAAUAAUUUUUUUUUGGAUCUUCGGGCCUCAGUUUGGUCUAAAAAUAGGGGGAGAGGGAGGGUCGGCCUCUCCUGGAUCCGGCACUGGACAAUAUUAAGGAAACCUAUUAAACAAUCAUUUUCCAUAAAAAAAAAGUUGCCUAUAUCAGCCAUCAUGGACGUACGUCCCUCUUGUGAACUACCUGAAAGGUAGUGGAGGCAUCGAUCCGAACUGCCUGGGUUGUAAUUUCAAUUUUCCCCCAAAAAUAAAACCAGCAAAAAAAUGCGAAGAAAAAGUUGCAGUUUGAUUCAGUUGAUACCCAUUCCACAACACAGUCAUUAGCUUUCCUAGUUUUUGCAACAUCAAGAAACAGCCGAAAAAGCCCCGGUUAAAUUUUUUUUUAGUUAUUUCGUAGUAACAAAAGCAACUGGUCGUUUAAUAAAAACGACUAGGAAUGAUGUUUCGAGCUAUGUCGAAAACAGCUUGCCGAAUAUGUCUGAUCUUCCAACAAUAGAUCACAGGGUUAAGAGACGAAUUGAGAAAUAUGAGCGUCAUUGCGUAACACAACAAGUCUGACAAUACGGUAGAUUCAAUAUAGACCACGGAAGCAACAUGGAUACAGAAAAAUGGCACGUAACAAAUCAAAAACAAGAUAUAUACGUAGAAUGUUCCAACUGCCGUUUUUCUCUGCCUUGCCCUGUCUGUCAAUUCUCCAUUCUGUUCAGCUUGGAUGCCUUGUUGUACUUGAAUUUGAUUUCUGUGUCGUCGUAUGGUUGCAUAUAUCUUGCAGUAAAGCAAGCUUGUAGUUAUGACGAACAAAAGUUCAAGAAUUGUAUAAAUGAUGACACGAACUUUUUCUGUUAUCAGUAAUGAUACGCAAACGAGUGCACUAUACACCCAGAUUAAGAUUACUGCAAUAAUAACACGCUUGUGGGUCACAAGUUCCUGGUAUCUGAGAUGAAGAUGAAUUGCCAGGAAUCUGUCGAGAGUUAAAGCGAUAAUGCUUAAGAAAGAGGCAGUGGAAAACAAAUUCACCGCGAUGAAGAACGAAGUAUUCCAAAUAUUGUUAAGAGCACUCUUGCAUGUGUGCGAUGUCACCACUUUGUAAUCUGCGCACUGUGCCAGAACUGUAACAUACAGAGGUUGGACAAGUAAACCAACUCCCAGAUCUGAAAAAGUCAUACUCAGGAGUAAUGUUUUUAAGGGUUUUAGCAACGGCGACGUUUUUCGUAGCGCUUGUAGCGUUAUGAUGUUCAACGCGGUGGCGGUGAAAGACAAAAAGGCGUUGAGUAUACAGUUAACGACAAAGGUUGAAUUCAAGUCUUUAGUUUCCUUCAUCCUGAGAUCUGCGUUAGAACUCUGCGUGCCUUUUCAUGUCUACAUUUUUUUUUCUCAAAACUAGCUCAUCAUUGUUCAAAAGUUCGUAAUCAUGUCUCAGAUUCCUCUUGCUGGCACUGUGCCAGAUGAUCUUCUCUUCUUCCGUUUUUUUCUGGUAACAUUCGAAAAGAUUUUUGGAACUGUUCGUAUGAUCUGUCGCACAAUAUCUCUUCCUUUUUGGAUACUAAUGACGAAUUGUUGUUCAAAGCCUUAGCUAGUCUAAUGGAUAUAGGUGAAGUUGAAAACAAAGAGCUGAUACUAUGACGAUCGCUCGGAGAAAAGAAACUCGGCGUUUGACCUCUGUAGGAAGAUACCAGUGCCCUUGUUCCACGACCUCAGUAAAAAAUUAUGCGGUUACCAAUCCAUUUUGUCAAUAAAUAGGUGGAUUAAGAGAAAAGAGCAAGUAGGAGAAAGCAUGCUUAAAACCGUACCUUUCCAAUUAAUUUGGUGUGUGUUGAGAAAACCCUGAUGAUCAUUGAUCAAUAUUCUUCGUAAAACUGAUUUUUAAUUACAAACACGUAGCGAAUGUGCGCCAAAUGAAAAAAGUUCUCGUUACAAUAUUAUACCUCAGUAGACAAUAGCUUUAAGUAUUUUCCUCACUGUUUAAUGCUUUUCAAGUACUAGGUAAAUGCAUUUAACAUUUGAUGUUCUUAGCAUCCUGUAGACGCAAAUACCCAUUAGAAUACUCAUUCUCGUUAACUGACGAGUUUAUAAAAUUUUUCAUUUCUUCUCCGGAGAAGCAAAGACCCUCGUUCACGAGUGAUGAUCAUGAAUAGCUCCCAAAUAGUUUCGCGAUUUAUAUUAGAAAAAAGCGAGAAUUUACCGAUCCGUACCCUAAAACUGAAAUUUCUAGUUUGCUUCGUUAAAUAUUCACUUAUUUCUAGUAACACAGGUAAAAAAAAAACCGAACAGAUGUACACCAUACGUCUUUUGAAGCCAUUCAGGAGACUUCGCGUUUGGUUAUUGUCUUGUAAGCAGAUGCAAAAGAGCAGUACUGGGGACAACAAUUUUGUCAAAUGGAAGGGAAUCCCACGUUUGAGAGGAUAUACCUUGUACUACUUUUUAGAACUCUUUUGCUUAUUUAUGAUCGAAUUGUUUUUCAUCGAAAAGUAAUUUUGACGACGAUUUCUCGGCUAAAAUAGAAGUCAACGAAUGAAAAAAAAAAAAACAAACAUGGCAGCCGCGAGCUAUCACCCGCGAACCUUAAGUCCCAAAUAUGGGCAGAUGGCGAACAUGAAACCGCUAACGGCAAACCCCCGUUUUGCCGUAAGGUCUCUUUUGUCUCCAUAGAAACGAUGUAGCUUUAGCGUUACCUUUUGCCUUUAUUACGGUAACUUCGGAGAUAAGAUUUGACUUAACUGCUCAAUUAUUCCUCAAGCCCUGUGGGCUCUGAGUCAAUAGCCCAUGAGGCCGAAGGCCGAAUGAUCUAUUGACUGAGAGGCCACGAGGGUGAGAGGAAUAAUUGUUUUAGUAAAAUCCAACUAGUUGGUCAAAAAUAUCGAGACAAAACAACUUUAGCUAGCAAAACACGAUUCAGCCGCCAUUGUUUUGGUUUUCAAAGCCGGCGCCUUUUCGCUACUAAUAGGCUAUGACAUAUAGCUUAGUUUUAGCUCAACCAAUCAAAACGCAGCACUGAUAAUAGACCACUAGUUGGAUUUUACUAAACGGUAUUUGUUCGAUUAAUCGCCGCGGCGUUUAUUCGAGGACGGGGUUUAUUUCGAAAUCACUAUUUUUAAAUCACUGACACCAGUUCAUCGUAAAUCAUUUGUGAAUAUUUUGUAAUUUAAGGUUCCAGUGUCAUUCUUAUUUUGCUUAGAUAGAAUUGUAAAUGUCUAGAUGGUGUAAACUACCAAGUUGUACCGAGGUUUUUCUUAUUAUCCUCGAGUAAACGCCGCAUUCUUCUGAUUAGGUGCGGCGAUUACAUGCAUGGUAAUUUUGCUUCCACCUGCGGAGUUUGAUCGAGGGCAGCAUUUAAUCGAUUAAAUACGGUAUGACUUUGAUGACAAAUGAAAUUGAAAUAACAAACGAUACUUGUGUUAUCUCGUCAGAACGGAUUCUUCAGGACAAGUUUACAACCAUCAGCUUCAAAUUCGCUACCGCGCAUUGGACCUGCUAUCCGAAUGGAUUGAUGGUUACUAUCAGUUUGACUUCAAAACAAGUCCUAACUUAAUCAAGGAGCUGUUAGCCUUUGUCAAAGAUGAGGUAGGAGUUUGCGGUAUUUUUUUUUUCAAGCCCUUUCCGAAGCUUUAUUUUGUAGCAAUGCGUCUUCAUUACGCAGCGAAACGACUGUAAACCAGCCAACCCCAUCUCCCUCACAUUCAGUGACCCGCCUCUCCGAAUACUUUCCGGAGGUUCAAUCAAUCCGUUCAUCGAUCUUAGUUUUUAAACAAAAAAUAAUAUUUUUUUAAUCGUUAGUUAAUCCUCGUGGACAGAAGUGAAAGAGGGCAUUACCUGAUAGAACUUAUUGUGGAGAAACAGAAACAAGACUUGAACAACAAUUCAUUGACAGAAGAACCCACAGAUUGUGUGGCUGUUCUCCAAUUAGAAGACCCACAAGGUAAGGUUCUAAAAAGGUAAAGGCCCGAACGGCUGGAGCUUAUCUCGGUUUCCUUAGCGUAUAGCAUGCCUAGGAGAAUUGCUAUUCCCUCCUGGACGGGAUGCUAGUCCAUCACAGGGUUACCCCUCAGCAGUAUAACGCCGGUAUACAUUUUACACCUGUGUGAAGAGAGACGAAGUGGAGCACUGUUCCUUGUCUAAGAAAACAACGCGACGGGCAAGGCUUGAACCCCGGACCUCCAGAUACGGAGUUCGAGGUAUUAAGCGCUCGCCAACACACGCCUCCACAGAAGACCCACAAGGUAGUCAAUAAAACUUGCUGAAGAUGCUGUUUAAAGUGAGAUUUCUUUGCUUUAUUUCUCCUCAGCUCUCGGUGUUAUUGAAGGGAAAAAGGACUCCUUGAAAAAGGUUUGUAUCACCUUGUUUUGCCGUUUUCCUUUCUUGGAGACGCAUUAUUUAAAUGGGACUUAGUGCGAGUUAGCGGGGAGUUCAGGUCAUGGGGGUUCUUCUGUAUUUGACAUUACAACAACAAAAAUUAAGUAUUGUACACCCUGUCGCUUUUUUAAAGAAUGGCAGUAAGAACAAGUAGGCUCGAUCAUUGCCCAUUACCAGCCGCUGUUCGAGAAAUGAGCCCGUGCUUCCGGAGAGGAAGACCAGACCCCAAAGAGUGACAGAAAUCGUGCCUACAUCUAAACAUAGUUUAGGGAAAAAUUUUGGUGUUGUACGUAUGAGCGUUCGUCAAUGGAACCUUUUCCUCAUUUCAUUUGUGACCGACAUCAAACUUUCCGUUGCAGCUGAAAUUUAUUUUUCUAGCCUUUGGUUUGUCUCUCUAGAUUAUAUAGCUUUGCUUUUACUGAUUUACGACUCACCCCUCCCCCCGCACCUUCUUUGCAAAAUAGUAAAGCAAUUCUAAUGCAAUGACCUAACGGCACACGUAAAAAUGCGACAUUUCCGGUGAGACGCUGUCUAUAAAAAUUCGAGAAUAAUCAUAUCGUAUAACAUCAACCGCGGCAGGAUUAGCUCAGUUGAUCGAGCGUCUGACUGUAACUGUAGAGCGGGAAGUCGUGGGUUCGAUUCCCGGGGCCGGACCAAUACUCAGGGUCUUUAAAUAACUGAGAAAAUAAGGUACAGCCUUUUCCCUGCAAUCGACAAGACCUUCGCGUGGCUUGGAUGACCACGUAAAGUAGCAGACGUAAAAAUAGUGUCCCCAGUUAGUACUUUCGUGUUAAAUACAUUGACACUCAAAAAAGUGCUUUUUAAAAUGUAUUCAUAUUUAAAUCUUGGAAAAAGAAGGUGAACAUCCAAAGAGAAGUACAAAUUUGCUCUUUCCUCUUCAGCCUUCAAGCAGCCGAAAGGCCAAAUCACCAGUUCAGUGCUUCAGAAGAGCCACACCCGAAAAGGAGACCACAUACAAAGCCACUCUUUACCUAAAGGCACUGUCAGUUUUGGACCACUCAUCAAGAAUCCUAGCCGAACAGCUUACGCUGAUUCAACAGGUAACAUUUAUCACUGCAUUUAGUGAAUACUGCAAUUAGUCAAAAAAUUAGAGAAGUGCAUCCUUGCUACACAUGGACAUUCUGUAAGGUUAAGAUCGUGAAUUAGCCAAGGGAACGAUCGAAUCCCUAUGCCCCAUGAUAAUUACUUGAAAUCAGUCGGUUUGUAGAGUGGUACUCACUAGUUUAGUUUAAAAAUUAACAAACAUUACAAACAACAAAAAUAAACUUUAAAAAGCUUUUUAAUAGGUAAUCAAGUUCCUACAAACCACAAUUGCAAUUCUUAUUAAUUAACUUCAAAUGUGUCUGUCCUAACUUUUUCUUUAUUUGCUGCGUAAUUUAUACCUUCUAAUACUGAGUGCUUUAAGCUGUUAUUGUUAUGUUUCACUCAAUUUAAUGACCGCCACAUCUCUUUUAACUAUGCGUAAGAUAAACGCAAGACUAGCUGUAGGCAUUUAUCAAUAGAUACAGAGUUCUGUCCUUAAGUAAAACCGCUCAUCUGUUUUGUGUUGUCUUUCAGGAUUUGUUCUUUCGUAUUCACCCAAUUCAUUUCUUAAAUUCCCGCGCGUAUGGCAUUGGUGUCGGUAGAAGCCAGUCUCCCUCCAGAGAACGCGACAACAUCUUUGGCUUUAGCACUGGAAGUCGCCGCAUCUCAGAACUGACUGGGUCAGAGCAGGGACCCCUCCCAUGGGAACAGAAUUUGUAUGUCAGUGAGCCCAGCAGUGAUGGCGCUUUAGAGGAACUCUUGGAGCAUGCGCAAGAUGUGUCGUUGUGGGUUGCUGUCGAGAUCUGCAGCGCAUCUUCAGUGAAGGUGAAUUCCCUUGAAGAAUUGACUCGUUCAUAGGAGACAGCGUGUCUGAAUGGUCAGCACGUCAAAAUCCCGGUCCGCAAUUUGUUUCUCGGUGUCCUCUGCUCAUUUUUUCUUUUUGCAGACUGCUUUUAUUCCUGCCAUUUGAAGGUUUUUAAUCAUGUUAUGCUUCGUUAAGACUAGAAAUACGUGAAUCACAGAACCUCGCGAGGCUCGGAGGAAUCAGAGGGCGGUCAGUAAAAUGUUAGAGGGUUGCAGAGAUAGGUUUCAACACCGGCUCUAAAUUUGGAAGCUGAGAUAACCCGUUAACUUUACUUUUAUUGCAAAACUACCGCUAUGAAAACUAUUAAAACUUCAAUUUUAAAAGCAGACUUUGCAAACACAAAAUAGCUUUUUAGGCCCGAAAAUUACUGGGACUGUCGAGAAACGGAACCCUGGUUAAACAAUUUUCCCCAAGCAAAAAGCUUCUGCUGGAGACAGCAAAGUGUUUGCGGUCGUUGUUGUAUCGUCACGCAACGCUCCUCCGUGGAGACUACAAAGUGUUAAGUCUUAUUUUUUAUUAUAGGCUCAACUGGCACUCAUCACAAAGUUCGUCAAUGCUGCACGUUACUGCUGCGAGAUUCGUAACUACAGCACCUGUAUGCAAAUCAUUGACGCUCUGGAAAUGUUCGUUGUCAAACAUUUACCGGUAAGUUAUCUAUUGUUCAGUAUGAUACUUUCACCCUCCAAAUAUUCUCAUUUGUUGCGCACUGUCCAUCUUAUAGUAGUAACUCACAAUAUGAACUUAACAGUUGAUCCGAACAAUUCAUUCGUGGUGAUGAUAUCAUUAAUUCUUACGACCGUGUUAAUGACGGGACGGAGAGACUUUGUUUUUAGGGGCCAUGUGCACUUGCUUUGCAAAUUAUUUGUCAAAAAUUGUGGUCUACAACUGCGGAGAUCGUCUUCAAUUCCUUAAAAAAGACUUUUGAAAGCUUGCCAGUCUUUAAGAGCGCCAUCCUGUUUCCUCGGUCUUUAAUAAUUUUUGUCAAAGGUCUUAAUCCAAGUUUUGAAGAAGUCAAUGAAGCAGUUUAAACGCCACGCGAUAAAACUUACGUUUUGCCUUCAGUCGGCCGGUUUUCCUCGCGAAUCUAGGUAUUUAGUCUCAAAUGUCAGCCGCGGCUCCUCCCCCCCUACACCUGUGAGGGGCGGGGGGGGGGAGACGCGCCCCCCACGGGUUAGGGAGAGGAGACGGAUGACGGGUUUUCAAUUCUAAUUUGAUUUGAAAAGAGAUAUUCAGAGGAGACAAAUCAAUUUUGUCGCUCUAGUGACAGCGUAAGGACCAGGUACAGACUUACAAGCCAUAAGGUUUAUUUUGCAGACCGUAUUUAGCAAUUUCGUUGGACAAUCGAGUUGUAGAAAUAGCUCGAAGUUUGUGCAUUAGUAUGCUAUUCUUGUCAAAUUUAAUAAAUGAUAGCUUCUUGUCUUGGUAGGUAUGGAAGCAAGUACCCACUAAAACAACGGAAGUCCUGGAAGAACUCAAGGCUGUUAAGGUGGGGAAACCCUUGUUACAAAAGCGACUUCGUGUAGAGUGUACAAGGGGUUAACACACUCGAACCUCCCGUAAGCGACCACCCAAAAUGCAAAGCUUAGUUGUCGCUUACGGGUGGUGAUAGUUUACAAGAAUCCAACCAUAGGGUGUCUCUUCCGAGAAGAGGGUCCAGACAUAUCUGCUUUAUGGAAGAUCAUGGCUAAGUUGCAAUAUAUGUAGUUCCAUGUUGUCGCUAAAGCUUCUUAUACUCAGGGUAGCAAAGUACAUACAGCGAACGUAGAUGUCAAACAAGCAGUUCUUACAAGUGGUUAAAAAUGAACAUUAUUAAACAGUCAACCACGAAACGUGGUCGCGGUCGCUUACAAGAUGAGGUCGUUUACGAAGGGUUCCAAUUGUAAACCUGUGUCUGCGAAAAUUUUGGUGUUUCAGAUGGAUGGUCGAUUAUAGGAGGUGGUCGCAACUGGAGGUUCGACUGUAUUUAAUCAAAUGGUAAAUUAAGCACCUUCUUUAAACAUGGCAUUAAAGUCGUGUUUUAUUUUUUCCCUCGCCAGGUUUUGUUGAAAACAGACAGCUCUUGGUUGAUGAAAAGUGAGGCUUCACGUGACAAACCCACAAUUCCUUGCUUUUUACUGUUUAUAAUUCACGUGCAGCAACAAGAGCUUGGAGGCUUCACGUUGCCUAGCAACAUGUACAAAUGGACCAAAAUGAGGUACACGGUGUUGAUAUGUUGGCCAUCGACACUCUUCCCUCUGAAAGGACUAAGGCAGAAAAUUAAAUUGACAAGCAUUAACAACAGAAAACGUGAAAUGAGCACGAUGGUUUUAUGAAUUGUUCAAAAAAUGAGCAGGAGUGUAUUAUCAGGUUUAAAACUCUCGGCGAGUUUUUAAACCUGAUAAUACGCUACUGCGAUUUUUUUUAAUUGCUUCAAAAUCUCUGAUAUAGAUCAACUCUUUCUUGCACUAAUAUUUAGAUUUGGGGUUAUUUUGGUCAAAAAAUUGGACGUAAACUUUAGCCGUGUCUUUAUAAGAUUUAAAGAACCUCAUUAAACAAAAAUGUUUUGUGUUUUUUCUUUACGAAUUAUUAAUGAGUUUUUGAACUGUGAAUUUUGUCUCAGUAUGCGUCCACACUCGCGCUGAACUGCUAAAACCACCUAGUAUAACGCAAUAAACAUUGUAGCCGGUCUCAAAUAAGUCCCCCCUUCUAAUAUAUCCCUCUCUUCAGGGGACGAAAGUUAUUCAUCCCCACCCCCGAACCUCUCCCAUUUUCUUAAAUGAUAGACUGUAUUAAUAAAUUAUGACUUUAUAUUAGUUUAAUUAACUUUGCUCUCCUUUCUUUCAAUUACAGAUCCGUGGCUCGUUUAGUGGAUCAACUUAGAUUGUUUAAGCAAAUGCGGUACGCCUUCCAGGUUGAUGAGGAUUUGAAAGCAAGACUAAAACAGCGCAUUCGCGAAAGCAAAAAUGAAAAUCUUCACGCCCUUGCUUCAGAGAAUGCCAGCAACUUUCACUUAUCUUCAUCGCAUGGCUCGAGAAAGUUUCACGAUGCUUUUAAAAAGAUGAAAGCUACAUUUGGCGGCCAUGGAAGUUAA